AUGGGCCUGAACGGCGUGUCCCCCCCGUUCCGCAAGCUGGGCUGCUUCUCGCCCGUCCUGUGCCAGUGCAAGGUCACCUGCAGCAACCGGACCCUCUCGCUCGUCUUCGGCUGCAAGGUAAGGAAGGAGCGUGGCGCGGGUGGGAGGCGAGCAUCCGAGGUCGGGAGAAGAGGCGAGACGAUCCGUGCAAAGCUGGCAAUCCGACUGUGACAGCCCGCUGUGCAAACGUGCAAGCGACUGGAUAAGGCGCAGGGAGUUUGUUCAGGGAUGCAUCUUUGAGGGGGGGGGGCUGGCGGUGUUGGGAAAGCUGGCCCAGCGGAAUUCAGGAUGUGCGCUUGAGCAAAGUGCAAGGUUGAGCGGCGUGCAAGGUUGUGUGGCCUGCUCCAUCGGGGAAGGCGCGAAGGUGGGGGCGAGAAGCGACUGGCGUGCAAGCGUCUCUCUCGGGAGGGAGGCGCCUGACCUCUCCGGCGAGCGUCCAGGGGUGGGGGUGGGGGUGGGGGUGGGGGUGCCUCCACACUUCUGUGGGGACAUGGUUGUGGAAAGGACCGUGAGCGCCAGCUUCUAGGCCCCGCUUGCACAGUGGUGCCUGCUUCGAUGAGUUUCCCAUAUUGCGCCUGGUCCUGAUGCUGAGAUUUCUGCUCCCUUCACCUCUUUUUUAAAAGAUGGUGUGCAAACAUGGGGUAGGGAGCCGAUGACUAGACCCGGGGUCCUAGAAUCUGGCCCCACUUCCAUUUUCUUCCCCAGAGGUUCUUCAAUCACUCCUAGGGUUGAGAACUCUUGAAUCCAGGGAUUUGGGUGAGUGUGGGGUGACAUAAGUGGUGCCCUAUGUAUGCUGGGGAAUUGGGACAGGGGUGGGCUGGGGUCGUGGGAGUCUUCUCGUUACAGUUUUCAGUGUGCAAGGAGGAGCUUUCGUCAGGGCAAGGAAGGGGGGAUAUUUUUCUGAGCUGGCUUUAAUCUUCACCAGCCUGAGGCUUGUCUCCUCGUAAAGUCCUGGCUGUGCUUGUGAACCUGGGGAUUAUGCUUUUUAAUCUUCUGACACUGAGUGAAGGAGGGUUGUAAUAAUGCAGUGACAAGCCAAGUGGGGGGAGGAGGAGGAGGUAAAGUGGGAAGUAAGAGGGAGGAGGGAGAAAACUUCCCAGUCACCCCUCCAGAGAAUAAGCCCAGCAUUUCCACCCCAAGCUUAUCCCCUAUUUGAGACCCAAGUCUCGCAGGAGGCAGCCCUUGCCAACCUGACACCCUCCAGAUGUUUUGAACUACAACUCCCGUCAGUUUUAACCCAAACCAUAUGAAGGGUGCCCGUUUGGCAAAGACUGGCUUAGUAGAUCUGUUCAAGAAUUUCCCUGCCUUCCGCCAGAGAAACCACUACAGUGGUACCUCAGGUUACAGACUCCGCUAACCCAGAAAUAGUACCUCGAGUUAAGAACUUUGCUUCAGGAUGAGAACAGAAAUCGCGCGGCAGUGCAGCAGCAGCUGCAGCAGCGGGAGGCCCCAUUAGCUAAAGUGGUGCUUCAGGUUAAGAACAGACCUCUGGAAUGAAUUAAGUACCGUACGUAACCAGAGGUACCACUGUAUUGACCUCUGACAAUUGGCCAUGCUGGCUAAGGCUGAUGGGAGUUGUAGUCUAAAACCUCAGGAGAGCACCAGGUUGGCAAAGGCUGGUCUUAGAGAUCUUCUUUCUUCUUUUCUCUACACUGCACCCCUCCUUCUCAAUCUUGUCUUUUGUCCCUUUUCAAAGCUUCCUUGUCAAAGCUUAAAAGGAAAGAUCAAAGAAGGGAGCGAAAGAUGGAUUGGGUGCCCCCCCCUUCCAGGCGCAUGGUUGUGGGAGGUUGGACUUGGCGUUGUACCAAGCAUGAAACACAUCAGAGAGCCCAGGUCGAAGUGGGGAGGCCUGCGGAGGAUUGGGGGUGGGAGGGAGGAAGAAAUAUUUUGCACUCACACUCAUGCAAAAUUAAGAAAAAUACCAACCCAAUAAUCAUUUGAGCCUCGUAUCUCUCCUGCCCACCCGACCCACCUCGGGUUAAGAACUUAAUUUGUUCUUGAGGUCUGUUCUUAACCUGAAACUGUUCUUAACCUGAGGUACCACUUUAGCUAAUGGGGCCUCCCGCUGCCGCUGUGCUGCCGCCGCACGAUUUCUGUUCUCAUCCUGAAGCAAAGUUCUUAACUCGAGGUACAAUUUCUGGGUUAGCGGAGUCUGUAACCUGAAGCGUCUGUAACCUGAAGCGUCUGUAACCUGAAGCAUAUGUAACCCGAGGUACCACUGUAUACUUAAGGAAGCUGCUGUAAUGAAGUACUGUCUAUCUGCAAAGGUAAAAACUGAAGAAUCUCCAAGGACAGAAAGCUUUUCCUCCUCUCAUAACUUGCGGACAUCCAAUGAAGCUGAAUGUUGGAAGAUUCAAGAGAAAUAAAAGAAAGUCAUUCACACAGCACGCAGUUAAACUAUGACACUCCCUGCCACAGGAGGCAGUGAUGGCCGUCAAGCUAGAUGGCUUUAAAAGCAGAUGAGACAAAUUCAUGGAGGAGAGAGGGCUAUCAAUGGCUUCUAGCCAUGGCAACCACAUUCUGCCUCUACUGUCAGAACUAAAAAUGCCUCUGAACAGCAUCCGAUUUAGGGCGGUGCUGGUGGUUUCCCCAAGGGGCCAAGCCAAGGGGCCACAAAAUAGAGAAGAUCCAUAACUGGGAAGAUUCAUUUGGGGGUGCCAAAAUUUGGCCUUGCACAGGGUGCCAUAUUACAAAAGAUUACCAAAGUCUGCCCCUGCCUCUGGAUACCAGUUCCUACUUGUGGGCUUCAAUUCUUGUGAGAAAAGGAUUUUGGACCACAUGGGCCCACACCGCCCUAAAUCCGGUGCUGUUCGGAGGCAUUACUGCCUCUGACAGUAGAGGUAGACCAUAGUAAUCAUGGCCAGAAGGCAUUGAUAACCUUUUCUUCUGUUAAUUUGUCUUAAAGCCAUCCAAGUUGGUGGCCAUUGCUAAUCUCAUGUGGGAGCAUCUUCCGUGGUUUAACGACUGUAUUUUUCUGUGUAUAAGACACCCCCAUGUAUAAGACGCUACCUAUUUGGCCGCCAAUCGCUCUACAGCCUGCCCGCCACUGCAAAUCACACACAUCGCCGUGGCCACUAUUCUUCCCUCCUCAACCUUUCAUAAGGUUCAGGACCCCUGGCUUCCAGCCCCUUCAGUUAUUCACUUUCAUUUCUAAGACAUUUUUUUAACUCUCCACUUAUUUGAAUACUGCUUUACAUAAACUUUGCAUGCAGAUUUGACAGAUAUUAAAACUUCCUGCUUCUGAACUUCAUUUCUAUUUUAGGUGUCAAAUAGAGCUGUCAUUUAUACAGUUCAUCUAAAUACUAAUACUACCACCAGCCACCACAUGGAUUUCUUAUCACCCAAUAAAAUUUAUGGAUUUAUUUAUUUCAUCCCAGCUCAAAUUUUCUUCUACAGAGAUGAAGUUCUUCCAUAGCUUUAUAUAGGUAGAGAGCAGCCAGCCAAUAGCUAUCCAGGCUGUGCCACCAGCCAACCAGAAACCAUGGGUGUGGCUUAUGCCUGUAUAUUAGGUUCUCCCACCAGGUUGUGUGUUGCAAGAAUUUUGUAGAUUUCAUAAUUGUACAGUGCUGUGUCUAUGCAUGUGUAUAAAUGGUUUUAGGAACUGGGAGAGCUUUGUGACGAUUUGAGUGUUAAAUUCUCCACCACACCAAAUUUAGCUAGAGAGCUGUUUCCCCCUCAAGUCUGUGGCUGCUGGUCUGUGUCUCUGGGCUGGACACUUUCUUAGAGUUGAUUAUACUGUCUGCUGUCUGGCUUUUAAAAAUUUCCCUUUAUUUAGGCUGCAGUCUAAACCAUUAAUACGCAGAAGUAGUUUAAUUGAAUUCAGUGGGGCUUACUCCCUUGUAAGUGGAGAGAGGAUUGCAGCCUUAGGAUGUUUAAUACCUUGCUCUUCCGUCCCAAAGGACUCUGGGAGUAUCUAGGAGGGAGGGGGAGAAUGUUUUAAAUGGUAAAACAUAAUAGUCAAUAAACUGAUAGGAGUCCAAGGGGAGCUGUCUUCCAGCUGCUUUGGACUACAAUUCCCAUCAGCCCAGCCAACAUAGGAGAGGGUGUUGUGUUGUGGCUGCUUUCCCUUAUGGUCUAGUGGCAAACCGUGUGGAGAAGAGGUUAUCCCAAGAGUAUACCGCAGCAGAAAAUGCCGUUUUGCUUACAGUUUCUAAGCCCACAAGUGGAAAAGGUUCAUCCUCUGGUGUGAGACUCUCAAGGAUGUGGUUUUGAAAUGGAAACACAAAUGCUUAGGAAGGCCCCCUUAAAAAACAGCAACACAGAAGCCACAAACUGAGUCAGUAGGGCCCAUAAAUAGUAUGAAGCAAUCAAUGUAGUUGAGAGCUAUGACGGCACUAUAUAUUAUGGCAAUAGUACGUAAGAACAUAUGUGGAAUGGAAUUGUGUUAUAAUAUAUGCAAAACAGAUGCGCAUUGUUGUUGUGGUUUUUGUGUUAACAUGUAAACACCAUAAAUCUAGUGUGGCCCAGUGCACAUGAUUGGUAACCUGGCAUUGAAAAUUUGGUUCUUCUCUGAGUGUCAUUCCUGCUGGACUGAUUUCUUUAUGAUGCUUUGCCAUUCCUUGGUGGGCGGACCAUCCUAGAACAGAGGCUCCAUAUCUGUGGUCCAUGGACCCCCUAGCAGCCUGCGAGCUUCAUUCAAGUGGUCCGCAGCAGGCCUGAAUUAAGUAUUCACAUGGAUUUAUAAUUGCAUUUUUAUUGCUUAUUUUAUUUCUUAAAUUAUAUUUUACUGUAUUGCAAUUUGAACUCUAUGAAAUGCAAAUUGUAAUUCAAUCAAAUACAAUUUAAGGAGUAAAAGAAGGAAUGCAAAACACAAUUAAAAGCCAUAGAGCAUCUAGCUUAGCUCAUUACCGUUGCUACAGUGGGGCAGAAAAAGCAUUAAGUGGUUUGCCAAGACUCUCAGCAAUUUUCAAGUGGUCCAUUGCCUGGGAAGGCGGGGAGGGCAGAGUUUGGGAGCCAGUGUUCUAGAGGCUGCAACCAUUUCCUGGCUAAAAAGCAGAGUGGGGUUUCCAGUGUAGAGCAUGAAAUACUCAGGUUGCUGCUCACCUAGCAGACCUAUUAAUUGGCCUUUGCCCUGCUUUAAAGAGUUGUUAUGAAGAUAAAGUGGACUCCACCCCAUAGAUGUUUUCACAGUCCCUUUGGAGGAAUGAUCUACAAAUACAUUGUUUUAAAUCCUCACCUUAAAGCCAGUGUGGUGUAGUGGUUAAGAGCGGUAGUCUCGUAAUCUGGGGAACUGGGUUCGCUUCCCCGCUCCUCCACAUGCAGCUGCUGGGUGACCUUGGGCCAGUCACACUUCUCUGAAGUCUCUCAGCCCCACUCACCUCACAGAGUGUUUGCUGUGGGGGAGGAAGGGAAAGGAGAAUGUUAGCCACUUUGAGACUCCUUAAAGGGAGUGAAAGGCGGGAUAUCAAAUCCAAACUCCUCUUCUUCUUCACUCAUUAGCUUGAGAGGGGUGGGGAGGCUAACUGGAGGGGAGCAGGGAAUGAUAGAGCCAAUCUGGUUCCCUCCAGGUGUUUCGGACUACAACUCCCAUCAGCCCCAGUCAGCACUGCCAUUGUAAUUCAGAACAUCUCAAGGUCACCAGCGGGGUGGGGGGCGAGGGGAGGAAACUGUGAUAGAAACUUGUAAAAACAAUGCAAGGCAUGGAUGGCAAGUGGAUAAGUGAUAAAUUAAUUGAGGUAAUCCACUGAAAUGGAUGGGCGGUAGAUUUAGGAGCAGCAAAAAGAAGGAAUUAUUCACACAGUGCAUAGUUAAACUGUGGAACCCCCUUCCACGAGAGGCAGUGUCGGCCGCCAACUUGGGUGACUUUAAAAGAGGAUCAGACAAAUUCAUGGGGGAGAAAGUGAUCAAAGGGUACUAGCCACAAUGGCUGGGCUCUGCCACCAUGGUUGGAGGCAGUGAUGCUUCUGAAUACCAGUUUGUGGAAACCGCAGGACAGUGCUCUUGCGCUUGGGUCCUGCUUGCAGAUUUCCUACAGGCAUCUGGUUGGCUGCUGUGAGAACAGGAUGCUGGACUAGAUGGGCUGUUGGCCUCAUCCAGCAGGGCUCAUCUUAUGCUCUUAUGGAAAUCCCUGCCACAAAGUGUGGAGGCCGUCAGCUAUGGGAGCUGGAUGGAUUCAUGGAGGAUAAGGCUCAGAAUGGCUGCUAGUCAUAUAUUGAUUGUAUGGUACCUUGAGGAUCAGAGGUAGUAAAUGCCCCUGAUUACCAUUUUCUGGGGAUCACAUGUGGGAGAGGGCUAUUGUGCUCAUGUCCUGCUUCUGGUCUUCCCAGGAGAAGCUUAUGAUUAGCCACUGCCCAGCAAAGGACUGGAAGAAGGCUUUGUAACUAUCUGAAUUUUUGUAGGUGGGAGUUAGAAGCAGCCUUUGAGCUCCGUAUAGAAUUUGAUGUUUGCUUUUGGGGUAGCCUGCUGAUUCUCAGCAGUUUUUGCUUGCCUCCCCCUACUCAGCUUCUACAUCAAUAAAUAAAAAUACAUUAGAAAUACUUCAAACGAGCAGUUUCCCCCCCUAUAACAAUCUCUAGGGCUCUUGCUUUGUCGGUUGCUCCCCAAAACACGGGACCAUUUGGGGAAGUGAGAAAUACAAACCAGUGUAAUGUACUCCCAUUCUUUAAGUUUGAGCAAAUGGUGACGCAGUAAAGUGAGCCUCAGUUCCCUGAAUAACCCUCUUCAGGAGUAUGUAAUGCUCCCUGUUGUCUUUGUUAGCAUGAAAAUGUCCUCCAUGUCCAGUAAACACUGAUUAUUGGGUUUUGGGGAUGGUUGGUUUUCUGUGGGUCUCAGCAUGUAUUUUGUAUCAGAGAGAGGUGUAUUUCUGUGUGCUGGCGUGAUCAUGAACAUUUCUGCUUGCAUUAGCUUCCUACAGCUCUGGUGCUCAGGGCGUGGGGAAGAGAAGAACCUCUGUGCUAAGCAGUUUCACAGGGUUUCAUGUGCUGUGUGGGAUCUGCUGAUCAAUUCCACCUGCAAACUCCCAUGCUGCUUCCCCUCCUCUCUUUGAUACACCUGCAUUCCAUAAAAAUAUUCUGGAACCUCUGAGCGAGAGCCACAUUUCAUUUUAUUGAAUAAUCUGGACCAUGGCCUCAUGAUGUAUACGCCUUUCAGUAUCUACUUAAAACGUUGUUUAGGAAACCUAUCCAGAUUUAUUGAUGUUGAUGUGUUUUAAUCUUUUAAUUUAAUCUUUUAAUUUUAAACAUCUGUAAUUGUUUUUAAUUUUAAUAUUUAUUGAAAACCACUUAAAGGAUUUAUUAUAAUCAAGCAUUAUGUACGUGCUGCUUUUACGUGCUGCAUGUUGUAUGUGGAGGUGGAAAUAUAGAUCUGACCAAUGUGUGGGUAAGCAAGAAAAAGAAUUGGCUUUGCACAUUCUCCCGCAGGAGAGAACCCCCAGCAGAGUUAAAAACACUCUCAGAGUUGACCAGCAGCAUAGUGUGGAAUAUAGGUUGUUAAACCCUUUUACAUAUCUCUUUUUGUCUGCCUGAAAACACUUGCUACCUCUCUCUACCCCUCUAGCAAUGAAAAGACCACUCACUGUCCAGUUCAUGUGUUAUUCCAUGCAGCAGCAAGGAGAACACAGGUAGAUUACUGUUGGGUGCUGAAAUAUACUCAGAGUCGCAAAGUGAUUUCAUGCUCUUUAUUCAGCUCAUAGUGGUGAGGAGGAAUGAAUGAAAGUCCCCUCAAAGUAUCUGCUUUAUAUACAUUAUUUACACAAUGGGCUGCACAUGAUUGGCUAAUUCUGGAAUUCUACUGUAAGCCAAUCAGGUUGUGGAUUCACUUAUAUCUGGAGCAUGAUUGGGUGGUUCCUGCCAACCAAUCAUACUGCUGCAUUGUUCUAGGACCAAUCAGACUGCUGCAAUUUGGAUCCUAUUGUUCUAGGACCAAUCAGACUGCUGCAGUUUGGAUCCUAUUCAACUCAGUACAUAACACCCUUCCCCUCUAAGUUCCAGUCCUGCCCGGGAGGUCGCAUUCAUAGUCCUCGAGGUACGCCGGCGGCCUACAUGUGCGUUGCGGCCUGUGGUGUUCCCUGGUCCGGGGUUCAGGUUCUGGCUCGUGUUCCAAGGAUGCUGGCUGUGAUGGGCCUGUUUGGUCUGGCGCAACCGGCUCGCUCAGUCGUGGUUCUGGUUCCGGUGUCCUUUCGGCCUCGCGGGUCCUCUCUGUAUUUACUGAUUCUGCCUCUCCUGCUGGCCCCUUCUCUAUGGGCCUCACUGCCCCUCUGUUCCCUUGGGACUCCUCUGACCUUUCCUCCUCCUGGUUUUCUCCUGGGAAUCAUCGCCGUAUCUGGUCGCAGUGGCGGCGCCAGCAUUGCCCCCCCAUCCGUUAGCACCUCGUACGACACGGGGCCAGUGACCCUGGUGACUGUGGCGGGUACCCAUGCUGGGCCUGCCCCAAAAUUCUUUGCGUACACUGGGUCCUGGGCCUCGAAGGUCCGGGGGUUCCUGCCUCCCCCCCCACUACUACCUCAUCCUGAGCUCUAUUGGGGUGAAGGCGGUCCAAUCUGAUUGCAAGGCGCCGACCCAUUAGUAGUUCAGCGGGGCUCCGGCCAGUCGUUGAGCUGGGGGUGCUGUGCUGUGCUAGGAGGAAUGUGGCAAGGCGGUACUCCCAAUCCCCUUGCGUCAUGCGGCGAAGGGUGCCCUUGGUGGUCCGCACCAUGCGUUCUGCUUGGCCAUUGGUGGCAGGGUGGAAUGGCGCCGAACGGAUGUGGCGGAUGGCAUUCUGCGCUGUGAAGGUUUGGAAUUCUCCUGACGUAAAUGCAGUCCUGUUGUCUGAGAUGAGAGUGUCAGGGAGCCCGUGGGUUGCAAACAGCCUGCGUAGUACCCGGAUGGCUGCGGAUUUGGAGUGGACGGUACCAGUGCGACUUCCAGCCAUUUGGUGUAGGAGUCCACCACUAUGAAGAAUGUUUUCCCCUGAAAGGGGCCAGCGAAGUCCACAUGCAGGCGUGACCAUGGUGCUCGGGCGGACUCCCAGGACUGGACUGGGGCCCUUGGGGGAUCUGGGCGGGAUUCUUGGCAGGCCUGGCAGUGUUUGACCCAGGCCUCUAUCUCUCCGUCGAUCCCCGGCCACCACACAUAACUCCUGGCCAGGGCCUUCAUUCUUACUACCCCUGGGUGUGUCUCGUGUAGGGCUGUGAGGACCCUUUUGCGGAGGGGCUGGGGAACAACGACCCUGCUUCCCCAUAACAGGCACCCCUUGUGGGCCGACAGUUCAUGUUUGCGGGUUGUGUAGCCAGCGAAUUCUGGCCCAGGGCUGCUGCUGGGCCAUCCCCUCCACACCCAGUCCAGGACCCGGGAGAUGACCCUAUCUUUCUUGGAAUGGUGUGCAACUUCUUGUGCCUGAAUGGGGCGGUCGGGAAGCAGCUCCAGGCUCAUAACCUCUUGUGCAGGUGCUGGGUCAGGGCCUGUUUCCGGUAGUGGUAGCCUGCUGAGGGCGUCCGCAUGGCCCAUCGCCUUCCCAGGGCGGUGAAUCAGUGCGUACUGGUAGCUGGCAAGGAAAAUUGACCACCUAAGGACGUGAGGAGACAGCACUUGGGGGGUCUGCUUUUCGGGGCCAAACAAGCCAAGCAACGGCUUGUGGUCAGUCACCACUGUGAAGGGCCGCCCGUACAAGAAAUCAUGGAAUUUUUUUACUCCCUUCACGAUUGCCAGACCCUCCUUGUCGAUUUGCGAGUAGUUCCGCUCGGUUGCGUUGAGUGUCUGGGAAAAGUAUGCCACCGGUACCUCUCUUCCAUCCGGGAGUUGGUGUCCCAGGACAGCGCCAAUGCCAUAGGGCGAGGCGUCGCAUGCUAGCACCACCGGCAGCCUCUCGUCGAAGUGUGCCAAGACCGAGUUUGAGACAAGCAAGUCCUUGACUGCCUGGAAUGCAGCCUCCUGGCGCUGGCCCCACACCCAAGGGGCCCGCUUGUCCAGGAGUCUGUGUAGGGGCUCCGCUACCGCCGCCUUGUGGGGAAGGAAGGAAUGGUAAAAGUUCAAUAGUCCCAAGAAGGCCUGAAGUUCAGUCUUGCUCUUGGGCGCUGGGGCAUCACAAAUGGCCCGUACCUUGUCCCCAGUCGGGUGGACCCCUUCUGCAUCCACCAUAAAUCCCAGAAAGUCCACCUGAGGCACUCCUAGUAGACAUUUUUCCCGCUUCACCUUGAGACCCGCCGUCUGGAAACGGUGCAGAACGGUGCGGAGGCGGUCCUCAAACUCCUCUGGUGUGGGCCCGGCAAUCAACACAUCAUCGAAGAAGGGGGUGACGCCAGGAAUCCCUUUAAGGAGCGAGUCCAUUAGAUUCUGGAAUAUGCCUGGUGCCACACUGACACCGAAUUGCAGCCGCUUUACCCUGAACGCUCCUCUGUGCGUCACAAUCGUCUGUGCCUCUGCUGUGGCCUCAUCUACUGGCAGCUGUUGAUAUGCUUGGGCCAAGUCCAGCUUGCCCAAAAUUUUCGACCCAGCCAGGGUGGCAAGGACAUGGCUGACCACUGGCACUGGGUAUGCAUGGGCCGUGAGGGCCUUGUUUAUGGUACAUUUGUAGUCUGCGCAGAUGCGGACCGAACCAUUAGGCUUGACGGGUGUGACGAUUGGGGUUUCCCAGGGGGCAUUAGGCACCGGCUCCAGCACUCCUUGCUCCACGAGCCGGUCCAAUUCCUCGUCUAUACGGGGUUUCAGGGCGAACGGGACCCGGCGGGCCUUGAGCCUGACUGGUCGUACUGUGGGGUCAAGCUGUAGAGCAAUGGGGGGCCCCGUAUACUGUCCCAAUUUCCCAUCGAAAACCCCUGGAAAUUCCUUGCAUAUGGCGUCCACGUCCACUUGUAAGGUAGUGUGGUUCACCCCGGUGAUGGCUAGCCCCAGUGGUCCAAACCAUGCCAAUCCCAGUAAGCUAAUGUAGGGGCCCUUGACUACAAGCAAGUCCAGUUGCCGUGUCCGCCCUCAGUAUUGCACCCUGAAGGUCCCCACCCCCAUUGUGGGGACCUUACGUUUCUGGAAGUCCCGGAGGGUGAAUGGGGCCGGCCUGAGUUUGGGACCCCCAGUAGGACACAGUUUCCUUAAGGUCCUUGCCGAGAUUAUGGAUAGAGUUGAACCCGUGUCAAGCUCCAUGCGGCAUGGGGCCCCUCUAUCUGUACCUCUACAUAAAUUUUCUCUACGUUGGGGUGGGGCAACUGGUAUACCUGGAAGUCCGUGAGCUCCGUCGAGUUGCCUUGGUGCGUUGGGCCCCGGGACCUGGGGCUCUUGGAUUGGUCAUCUGAUGCCUGGCGUCGGGUGGGCCGAGCUCGACACACCCGGGCGAUGUGUCCCGAUUUUCUGCACUGCCUGCACUCUGCGUUGCGGAAACGGCAGGUCCUCCUCUCGUGACUUUCCCCGCAGCUUGCGCAGUUCCCUCCUUCUCGUCGAGGCAGCUGUGGUAUGUGGGCUGCUUGAGUGCGCUGCUGUACUCGGUGCACCUCCUCCCUGUCAGAUCCUGAGUCGUCGGUGAGGUCUUCGUGGUGGACCCUCGGUUGGGAUGGCAGGCUCGGCCGUGCCUCUUGCGUCGACCUCUUGGCAGCUUCCGUUUCCAGGGCCUCCUCCAGAGCAACCUGGAACGUUAGGUCCUUCUUAGCGUAGAGGCGUCGUUGCAGCUUCUCAUCCUUCAGGCCACUGAUGAGGCGGUCCCGAAGCAUGUUCUCCAGCUCUGAGAAGUUGCAGAACCGGGCGGCUUGGCGGAGAGAGGUCACAAACCCAGUUAUGGUUUCCCCAGGGGCUUGCCGCUUUGCGUAGAAGGCAUUUCGACGAGCCACCACUGAGGGCUGCGGCGAAAAGUGCCCCUUCAGCUGUUCCAUUAUUGUUUUGUAUGGAACAGUAGCGACGUCUUCAGGUGCAAGGAGAGCCCGGGCGAUUUCAAACGUCUCCUCUCCGCAGAUGCUGAAGAAUAUCGCCCUCUUCUUGGCGUCUUCUUCAUCGGUGACCUCUUUGGCUUCUAGGAGGACGGUGAAACGGGAGGCGUACGCUUCCCAGUCUCCAGAUGCUGGGUUGAACGGCGAGAAGCUGCUGUCGGUUGCCAUUCUGAGUUCCUUGUGUCCCGGAGCUGAAGCCUGGAUACACGGUGCGAGGCAGUGGUGCGGCAGGUGGCGGUGCUGCGGUGCUGUGUGUGGCAGUCAGCUCAGCGGGAUCCCACCUUCGUCGCCAGUGAAAUAUACUCAGAGUCGCAAAGUGAUUUCAUGCUCUUUAUUCAGCUCAUAGUGGUGAGGAGGAAUGAAUGAAAGUCCCCUCAAAGUAUCUGCUUUAUAUACAUUAUUUACACAAUGGGCUGCACAUGAUUGGCUAAUUCUGGAAUUCUACUGUAAGCCAAUCAGGUUGUGGAUUCACUUAUAUCUGGAGCAUGAUUGGGUGGUUCCUGCCAACCAAUCAUACUGCUGCAUUGUUCUAGGACCAAUCAGACUGCUGCAUUCUGAAUCCUAUUGUUCUAGGACCAAUCAGACUGCUGCAAUUUGGAUCCUAUUGUUCUAGGACCAAUCAGACUGCUGCAAUUUGGAUCCUAUUGUUCUACGACCAAUCAGACUGCUGCAGUUUGGAUCCUAUUCAACUCAGUACAUAACAGGUGCAAAAUACAGCAUUUCAUUUCAAACAUGUCCUGGUUGGUUACAUGGUGCAACGAGAGAGUGAGGAAAGGAAGAGAAGAAGCUUCACUUCCUCCCUCACCAGCGGUGUGGGGGCCUGACUUAAACUGAGUCUAGGAACACACCUCUGUGGUCUUAACCUCUUUGUGCAUUAACUAGUACUCAUGCAUAGUUAUGUUUGAAUACAAUUUCCUACAGUUUGAACAAAAUUAUCUUCUUAGAGACUUUUACAGUGGUGAGACAGCGAGUGACUACUUUUUGUCCCCGUGUUUUGCAGAGCUGGUGAUUUUUCAUGUUCUAAUAAAGCAAAAUAUUGGUUUAAAACAGAGGUUUAAUUGCCAUCUGCUCCAUGUGCUAUUCAACUUAUUUUGUGUGUAUUUUAAACAAGGGAGACUGUUGUGGCAUCUUAAAUACAUUUUUUUAAAAAAGCAGUAUUAUGGCAUCAGCUUUGUACAAUCCACGACAUACUAACACGACUACUAAACCUCUGGAAAUCAUUGCUAGAUUUUAGUUGUAUGGUGCUUCUUGCAGUAUUUGAGUCUGAUUUUAAUUAGUAGUACGGUUAGUUCAUCCUUCCAGAGGAGUCUACAAAAGUUACUGGCCCUGACAUCCUGUGUUUAGUCACAGAGAUACAUUGACAUCCUGAAAUACAGAAUCUUCCAUUUUAUGAAUGCUUACUUUCCUUGCUACCUGUAGCCAAUUUUUAUUGGCUGCAGUUAUCAAGACAAAGAGCUAGGGACAAACUAUAUGAUGGUUCAAUCACGAUGUGACUUUCAGGCAUGUUCCUUUUCCUUCCAUGAGGUGCCUCCUUGACUUCCCUGUCCCCUCGACUCCAAAGCAUUCCAUGCUUUCCCUUUGUGAGAUUUCCCCCCUCUGCCCAGUCAAGCUAACCUUUGCUUCCCUCUCUGGAAGCAGCACUUGUUGCUGUUGUGUGGCUGAAGCUCUGAUGACGUCACAUAAGUUCAUCCAGUGGGGUCAGGGCUCUGUUAGAUGCAGACUGGUGUAAAUCACCAUAGAAAUGAUUCUGAAUGGAUGGACUUCAGGUUUCAAGAGCUGAAUCUAACUUCAGGACUUCAGGUUUCAAGUACUGUAGCUCAGGGGGUAGGCAGAAGGUCCCAGGUUCAAUCCCUAGCACAGGGGUCAGCAAACUUUUUCAGCCGUGGGCCGGUCCACUGUCCCUCAGACCUUGUGGGGGGCCGGACUAUAUUUUGGGGGAAAAAAUGAAUGAAUUCCUAUGCCCCAUAAAUAACCCAGAGGUGCAUUUUAAAUAAAAGCACACAUUCUGCUCAUGUGAAAACAAGCUGAUUCCUGGACCGUCCACAGGCUGGAUUUAGAAGGUGAUUGGGCCGGAUCCAGCCCCGGGCCUUAGGUUGCCUACCCCUGCGCCUAGCAUCUCAGGGUAGGACUGGGGAUGAUCUGUCUGAAACCCUAGAGCACUUCAGUCAGUGGGAACAGUAACACCCUACAUUUAAAGGACAUUUAACACACAUUUAAAGCACAGGACUCCCCCUCAAAGAAUCCUGGAAGCUGCUGUUAGUUAAGGGUGCUGGGGAAAACAGUAUCAGAAUGGCAAAUUAAUUUUUGUGAAUUUAUUGAAUUGGCUAAAAUGACGGCGGCAAUCAGAUUACAAUCUAAUCAAAAUUUAAAGAAAGAAUGGUUAAGCGUAGAUGAAAGCAUGGUAAAACGAUGUUCCAAAAGUGAUCUAUUGAUAUGUUUAGACUGAAACCCACAAAGUUAAGAGGUAAAAGGUACACGGUUUCAUGGUCAAUAGCAAUAAUAUACCGCUUAAUACAACCUAAAAGAUACCGUAAUAGAGCUAAUAAUUCCAAGCAUGGGUGGAGGGAAGCCACUGGGGAAAAAGAAGGUGAAAAUAAAUAAUAAUAUUUGGCUAUAUGUAUGUUGAAUGUAAUGUUAAAUUGCUAAAGGAUGGUUUAUAUAUUUUUGAACACAUCAUUGUAGUAUUGUUAAGAACUAAAUCUUAACAACAAGAACAACAACAACAACAACAACAACAACAACAACAACAAUAAUAGGGUGCUGGGAAAUGUGAGCUCUGUGAGGCUUGUCUGACUCAGUACAAAUCAGCUUCCUAUGACCUGUGAGAGGUUUUUUCUGAUACAUGUUAAACUUUGUGAUGCUCCCCCAAGUUCUUUUUCAGAGAUGGUGGAAUGAGAGUGGACUACUUGUGUUCAUGCGAAAGAUUGUGGGAGAAAAAUAGCCAUGUUGGAGAAGUGUGUGUAUCUUGCAAUUCAUCCCUCCCUUUAAAACAAACAGACAAAUAAAUAUGCUGUCCUUUUAAUAUAUCCAUUUCAAAUUUGCCUGUAAAAUUCAUGGAGAUACCAACCCCAAAUGCCUGGAAAAUUUAGCUGUUCCUUUCCAAAGUUGCUCUGUUAAUGCAAAAUUAACACACAAGCAGGCUGUCAAGUUGUGCGUGUAUAACAGGAGUGUCUUGUUGAAAAAUCCUAACUGAAUUCAAACCAUCACCAACCCCUGCAAGGAGUAUGUCGGUUUUGACCAGUUUCCAAGCAAAAUGAUGAGAGGCUUUUUUGUGAUAAUAAUAAUAAUAAUAAUAAUAAUAUAAUAAUAAUAAUAUCUUUAUUGUCAUUGCCCCCUUCGGGGACAACGAAAUUACUUGACUGCUCCAUAAAAACACUAAUUAAUCAAUACAGUAUAACACAGCAAGGGAGAUUAGAUGACUUUCAAAGUCCGGGCUUCCCAUUCAGGGCCGAGAUCGCUCUGGAGAAGAAGCUGUUCUUAAGACGGCUCGUUCUUGUCUUCAUCGUCCUGUAUCUCCGUCCCGACGGCAAGAGCUCGAAGAGACAGUGACCAGGAUGUGAUGGGAGGGCAGGAGCGGGGAGUGGACCGUCUGCUCUGUUCAUCAAGAAACUAACCACAUGGUCCUGGAUGCCAGCUCUUUGACCAUCUUGCAUAUCUGACCCGCCUAUGGGAAGACGAUUUUAAAAGAAAAAGAAAUGUGGAAUUCCUGACAUUUAUUUAUCACUCAUUUUAUUUAUUGAAUUUAUACUCUGCCCUUCCUCCCAAGGAGCCCAGGGUGGGGCACCAUCAAAAUCUAACCUAGCUUAUAUUGUCUCACCCAGACAGACGCCUUUCCUAGUGCCUGCUAUCUUAGAUGCCAAGGAUUGGACCUUGGGGUUUUGCGUGCCAAGAAGAUGCUCCACCACUGAGCUAGGGUUCAAUCCAUCCCUCCCAUAGGUCUGUAAAACUUAUGUGUAGGGUAGAGAAAAACAGAAUAAGCUUUUUCCCCUGUUUCUCUCCUAUAAGAAUGGAACUCGGACACCGUCCAGUGAAAUCGAAUAGGAGACGAUUCAAGACCGACAACAGGAAAGUGUUUUUUGCAUGAUGCAUAAUUUGUUUAAGGAAUUUGCUUCCUCCGAAGUGUGGAGGCUGCCGCUGGCUUAGAUGGCUUCAAAGGGGGAUUAGACAAAAUUUGAGGAGGAGGGGAAGUCUAUAUUCAUCCUUAUAGCUGUGAUAUGACUAAAUGGAAUACCCAUGUUCAGUGGCAUUCUACCCAUGAGUGCCAUUUGCAGUGGAUCCAAACCUGGGGAGGAAUGUUGCCUCCAGACACCUGCUUCCUGGAGGCAUCUGAUUGGACCGGCUGGACCCACCCAACAGAACAGCAGAAUUCUGUUUAGAACAGGCUUCCUCAACCUCGGCCCUCCAGAUGUUUGGAGACUACAAUUCCCAUCAUCCCUGACCACUGGUCCUUCUAGCUAGGGAUCAUGGGAGUUGGAGGCCAAAAAAACAUCUGGAGGGCCGAGGUUAAGGAAGCCUGGUUUAGAGUCAUGGCAAAAGUAAAUCACACCUUUCCCCACCCAACCUGGUACCCUCCAGGUGUUUCAUACUACAACUCCCUUGAGCCCCAGCCCUCACAGCCAUGUCACCUGUACUCAGGUGAAGUGUUAAGCGUCAAGUUGAGAGUGAACAAGUUGAGAGGGUUUUUAUGAUAGCACCCAGCCAGUCAGCAAAGCAGACUGGGAGGGAACCAGUCAGGCCCUGGAAAACUGCAAGAUGGCAGAGGAAAUGGGUGGAGUUGGUUUGCCAACUAACCAUUAAAAGUAAGGCCUGUAGUUCUUGUACACACUGCUUCUCUAGACCAUUUUGACAUCCUGGAAAACAUAUCCAGUACUGUAUAUACGUAUUGGUGUUUAUGCUGCUGGAAUCUGAAAAUCUGCUGAAAUCAACUCUCUCUCUCCAUCUUCAUCUUCCUUUCCAUUUGGGAUUCGUUUCACAGAGGCUUUGUUCCUGUACUCUACAUGCCCACCGCAUGUCAGGAACAGAGCUAAUUAGUCCCCUCUGCUCAGUUGAUUUUUUUUUUUUUGUUAAUCAACACGAUAACGACCCAACUCCAGUGAGGAUGUUCUAUUCCUGUUAACAGGCAAGAAUUUUUGCUUCCUGUGAAACUCCUAGUACUUGAAAGAGAAAAAAAGAGGCUUUGAAGAGUGUUGAGCAGGAAGAACCCUAUAAUCUCUUUUUCUUUUAACCCUUCCGUUUAUACAAUGCAUUACUGCCACUGUUUGACAAUUAUCUGGGGCCAGCGGUAUGUGCAUGCUAAGUACUGUACAGGACAUAACCCUGGACCAAUUCUGUCUGGCCAGUCCACAGAAAGAUUCAUCCAGAAGCUUAAGAAUGGUGCAAGCGUCUGAGUUUCACACAGCUCUUCCACCAUUUCCUGUGUGGUAUUUUUAUAUAAUUAAUCUCAGUCCUUAGUCGGUUGUCACAGUGAAUCAAGGCAGCUUCCUCUAAAUCGGGAGUGGGAGAACCUCUGUUCCAGGAGGUGAAUGUGGCCCUCCUCGGUUCCCUAUCUGGCCCUUCGAAUGCUCCGCAGACUACACAUUUCAGCAGCAUUGCUUGGGACAUUUCUGGAAUGUAUUUGCCUAGCUAGAAUGUAUCCUUGAACUCUGAUCAUUCUUGCCUGGAUAGGGACUAGAGAUGCGUAUGUGUGUGUGUGUAGAAGCCAACCUACUGUACAAAGGUAAAAAUAAAUAAAAGUUGCUUCACCCACUUUGGCUCCUGGCUCCACCAAUCCUGUCACCCCACGGGCUGAGAAACCUUACCCACCCCUGCUCUACAGCAAGGACAGGGGACUUGUGGCCCUCCAGAUGUUGCUGGACUGCAACUCCCAACAUUUCCUGAGCGUUGACCAUGCUGUCGGGGGCUGAUGGGAGCUGGAGUCCAGCAAUUUCUAGAGGACCACAGGUUUUUCAAGAAUAAUUUCUGAUGCAGAGAAGUGGUGUCCCCCAAGAACUUAAGCUACAAUGCUUGCUGUUGGGGGAAUGGAAUUCUGCUCCUUCUCCUAGACUACCUUGUACUGAAGUGUGGUAUGUACAGGACACCAAACCAGUACAGCCACGCAUUGGCCAGUGUCCAUAAAGUCCCUGGUAAAGAGAAGCAUAACUUUUCUUCUCUGCUGGGGAAGGGUGCUAGCUCAGUGGUAGAGCACUUGCCUUGUAUGCAGAAAGUCUCGCAUCCGAUCUGUGACUGCCUCUCUAGAUAGGACUGGGAGAGAUCCUGAAAUCUUGGAUAGCCAUUGCUGCCAGUCAGUCUCAACAAUACUGAGGUAGAAGAACCCCAUUAUCUGAUUUGAUACGAGGCAGCAUCCUAUGUUCCCACAUAAGUUGUUAAAAAGAAUUAUCAUCAUCCUCAUCAUCAUUAUUAUUAGCUGAAAGUUGUAAGAUCUAAUAUCGCUUGACCACAUUCCUAUAUCAUUGCUUGAUAUUUUGCACAUGUGAAGCAUCCAUUGCCGGUCAGAUCCCACAAUUCCAUUCUCUUGUGUUAUCCCGAUCCAAAUACUUUUCUUGCAAGGACAGCUGGCAAUUCCCAGUUAAUUCAAUGUCACGUUGGUGUUGCAUGUAUGUGUGAAUCAUCCCCAGUAGGUGACACUCACUCUCUUGCUGGAGAUUCAUCUCCCCAGGGCCCAGGAACUUGCCCCCCUCCAAUUAAAUCCUUCCUCCACAGCUCUCUGCUUCCCCAUUCAUCCGUGAUUCCUGGCAAAUGUGCAUUUUUAAAACUCCCAGCCGUCCUGUGUUCUUAAAGGCUUUGGUGGCUCCAGAGGAUUGAGCAGUGGUGAGGCAUCCGCCUUAAUUAUUUUCUUCUGCUUUGGGGCAUCUUGUUGGGAUGAGGAGGGGAGGGGCCUGUUCCUAAACACCCACUCCCAGCCCACACUGAUUUCUCCUUCACUGCCUAGGAUCUGAAGGAAUCUGAUGCGGAGGCAGUGCAGAGGCAAAUGUGUGCAUGUGCGUAUCGAGAGAGGCUUGCUGUGAAUGUUCAUUGCAUCUAGGGGUGUGUGUGUGUGUGUGUGUGCGCGCUAGAAUGGUGACCUGAAGCUUAGAUUGCCUGUUUAUAUUUGUGCACAAUGUUGCUUCUCUCUUGGGCGCUGCAGUUCAGGCUCCAAUGUUCAUGCCUGCCAGCUGCAGCAUAAUAACAUAAGAGCCUGCUGGAUCAGGCCAGUGGUCCAUCUAGUCCAGCAUACUCUUCUCGCAGUGACCAACCAGAUGCCUGUGGGAAACCAGCAAGUGGGAUUCGAGCACAAGAGCCCUCUCCCAUCCCGUGACUCUCAGCAACCAAUAUUCAGAACCACUGCUGCCUCCAACUGUAGCAGCAGAUAGCCAUGGUGGUUAGUAACCAUCCCUAGCCCUCUCCAAUAGGAAUUUAACUCAUUCUGUUUUAAAGCCAUCCAAGAUUUUUGAUCUCAACAAAAUUGUUAGUUUUUUAAUUACAGCAAGAUACCAAUUUUAUUAUUAUUUAUGUGGGUGGGAGGAAAAGAUACGUCCGCUACUCAUAAUUCACUUUUGGUGGAUGACAAGCAUGCACCACUUAAAAGCUAAGGUAAAGGGUAAAGGGACCCCUGACCGUUAGGUCCAGUCGUGGCCGACUCUGGGGUUGCGGCUCUCAUCUCGCUUUACUGACGGAGCCAGCGUCCAGCUUCCGGGUCAUGUGGCCAGCAGGACUAAGCCGUUUCUGGCAAACCAGAGCAGCGCACGGAAACACCGUUUACCUUCCCGCCGGAGUGGUACCUAUUUAUCUACUUGCACUUCAAUGUGCUUUCGAACUGCUAGGUUGGCAGGAGCAGGGACCAAGCAAUGGGAGCUCACCCUGUCUUUGCCGCAAAUAAUCAUGGGAGCUGUAGUUUGUUAAGUGUGUUUAGAGUUGUUAGGGGAUCCCUGUUCCCCUCACGAAGCUGCCUGGGAAGAGGGGUUGAUUGUUAAAGCAUUCUCAAUAGAAGGCAAGGAUAGAUAUUUACCUGCUCUACCCACUGAUCAUAGCUCAGUGGAUAGAUGCUUCGCAUGCAGAAGGUUCCAGGUUCCCCACUUGCAAUUCCUGGCAACUGAUAUUCAGAGGCAUACUGCCUCCAGCACUUGAGCUAGUGCAUUGCCAUGGAGGCUUGUAGCCAUAUCCUCCGUGACUCCAUCCAAUCCUCUUUUAAAGACAUCUGAGUUUGUGGCCAUCACUGCCUCCUGAGGGAGGGAGUUCCAUAGUUUAUAUACGCAUAAUGUGCUGCUAUGUGUUUAUGUAUACUCUUGGGUGAUUUUAGCAUCUAUCCCACAGGUGCCACAUCCUGAGCGGGUACCCAGACAAACUAAAACAUGACAGUUGAGCAGUUGAAAGUGCUUAGUGGUAGAACGAAAACACCGCAAUGUCUGUCUAGAAAAGAAACUCCAGAGCUGGAGAAAUAUCAGCUGAGCACGAGAGAGAAGCGAUUUGGAUGAAGUCCCUCCCCAUCCUCUCCCCUGAAUGUGGUUUAUCUGUAGAAAAGCACAGAAAGGAAGGAAAAGGAGGAGGCAGGUGGUUUGGCUCCGGAUGGUGUCUCUCCCCUUGUGUUAACACCUCUCAUGCAAGGCUGCUGAGGCAUGGACUAAUCUCAGGCCUGAUGUGAACGGCUGCUUUCUAGUGAGAGGAAGGAACUUUACACUUACACAGGUACUCUUGGAUCCUGCAGUUUCAGGUGCUGAGCUCUUGUGUAUGAAGUGGUCUUAUGGGGGGUGGGAGAAGUGAAUUUUAAAUUGAGAUGCUUUUUGUGUGUGAAAGUGGUUUUUUUUAAAUAAUAAAUGCAACCCUUAGUCAAUAGGGGAGGCGGGGAGCCACCAUAGGAGCCAACCCCCCACCACCUGUGGGUGGAAUCCUAGUUCACAGAAGCCCCAGCCAGCUUUAGCCUAUAUUCAGGGAUGAUUUAUUUAUUUAAAUGUUUAUGAUCUGCGCUUUCAUAAAAUACAUCAAAGCAGCUUACAACAUAGAGCACAAUAAAAAAUCAUUGUAUACAUAUAAAACAGAACUAAAAACAUCAGUAAAAAGUGGGGGGGAAAAAACAGCUAAUAAAACACCAAUAGAUACAUUUGGUAAAAAGGGGGGGGGGGACAUACUGUUAAGGCCUGUCUUAAAAAGCACAAUUUUCAGAAGACUUAUGAAAGAAGGCAGGUAUUGUUCCUGCCAAACCUCUACAGGCAGGGAGUUGGAAAGGGCAAGCAAGGUCUGCCACACUGAAAGCUCAAUUAAACUUCAGAGGUACAGGGAACCACCAGAUGCCCCUUCAGAGGAUCUCAGAUUGAGGGGGAGACUUGGGAAUCCCAAACAUUUUAUUGUACGGUACUUAUUUAUUCUGUUCAAAUCCCAAUAUUCCUGCAAGGAGCUGAAGGUGGUGAACAUGGUCCAUCCGUCCCCCUCCGCUUAUUCUCACAACCAGCUUGUGAGGUGGGUUAGGCUGAGAGUUAGUGAUUGGUCCAUGGUCAGUCUUCAGUUCCUUGCUCAAUAGAUAAAUCAAUGAAACAUGAACUGCACUGGGUCUGCACAGUGCAGUUGGAUUUAUUGCACCAUAAAAAGGUAAAGGGACCCCUGACCAUUAGGUCCAGUUGUGACAGACUCUGGGGUUGCGGCGCUCAUCUCGCUUUAUUGGCCAAGGGAGCCGGCAUACAGCUUCCGGGUCAUGUGGCCAGCAGGACUAAGCCGCUUCUGGCGAACCAGAGCAGCGCACGGAAACGCCGUUUACCUUCCCGACGGAGCGGUACCUAUUUAUCUACUUGCACUUUGACGUGCUUUCGAACUGCUAGGCUGGCAGGAGCAGGGACCGAGCAACGGGAGCUCACCCCGUCACGGGGAUUCGAACCGCCGACCUUCUGAUCGGCAAGUCCUAGGCUCUGUGGUUUAAUCCACAGCGCCACCCACGUCCCUUUAUUGCACCAUAGCCAGCCUUUAUUGGGGAUGGGAUGCAUGGCAAACAGCCCAUGAGAACGUGGGGGAAGGGCUGUCGCUCAGUGGCUAAGCAUCUGCUUGCCAUGCAGAAGGUUCCAGGCUCAGUUGCCCAAUACAGCUGGGAGAGGCUGUUGCUUGAAGCACUGGCCACUGCUAGUACAGGAGAGGAAAUGGUAGCUGUAAAGGUGGAAUACAAUACAGGGAGGACAGAUGGGCAGGUGGCCUCCUUCUGCCUCUUCUGCCAAGCCUUGAACUGCAUGGCAGAUGGAGAAUCAACAGGUAAAAGCCCCACUACCAUAGCUCAGUAGAUUAAAGGUAAAGGUAAAGGGACCCCUGACCAUUAGGUCCAGUUGUGACUGACUCUGGGGUUGCGACACUCAUCUCGCUUUACUGGCCGAGGGAGCCGGCGUACAGCUUCCGGGUCAUGUGGCCAGCAGGACUAAGCCUCUUCUGGCAAACCAGAGCAGCGCACGGAAACGCCGUUUACCUUCCCACCAAAGCGGUACCUCUUUAUCUACUUGCACUUUGCCGUGCUUUCGAACUGCUAGGUUGGCAGGAGCAGGGACCGAGCAAUGGAAGCUCACGCCGUCACGGGGAUUCGAACCGCCGACCUUCUGAUCGGCAAGUCCCAGGCUCUGUGGUUUAACCCACAGCGCCACCCACCUCCCUUGUUUGUAGAUUAUGAGACUCCUAAUCUCAGGGUUGUGGGUCCAAGCCCCACGUUGGGUAAAAACAGUCCUGCAUUGCAGGGGGCUGGACUAGAUGACCCUUGUGGUCCCUACAAUUCUAUUAUUCUCAAGGCCCAUGUGCAGCUCUUUAGGGGUACAGGUAAAAGUCUCCCCAAGGGACUCUGUAGUCUGCCGUGGAUUUUACCCUGCCAUGAAGCUGUUAGGGGCACAGGUAAAAGUUUUCCUAUCCCCACAUCUCAAGGGGUUCAGUACCUGUUGUAUCUCAGCCUGCCAUACAGCUCUUUAGGGGCACAGGGCAAAAGAAAGGGGGUGAAAGCCUGCCCGUGGCUGCUUCCUUUUGCAAAGGCUUCUGGGAGGGGAGGCGCAGGGCCAAGCGAGCAGAGUGGCCUCUGCUGCUCCCCGCCCCGGUUUCAGGUGACGAGGCUUGGGUGCGCAUCCUGACAUGGCACUGUUAUGCCGACCCAGCAGUGUUCUGCUUCCAUGGCGUGCCGUGGCACUGACGCUCUGCCUCUUCCCUUUCAGAAAUAUCGUUACCAAGAUGAAGACAGCCCCCCGUUGGAGCACAGCCCCGCCCACCUCCCCAACCAGGUAAAGGCCCCUGAGCUGGUCCACGUGGCGGAGAAGAACCUGUCCCAGAUCGAGAGCGUCCACGGCUAUGUGUCUCACUCGCACAUCUCCCCCAUGAAGGUAGGAAGGGGGGGCGCGGGUGCCCCGGCCAGGAGAGGGGACACCAUCCUGCCACACCCGGCCCUGCCCACCCCUGCCACACCCGCACUCCGCCACACCCGCACCCACCUGUGGCCUGCACUGGAGCUCGUGGACACCACCGUCCACGUGGCAGCAUGUGUGUGUUUCGUGUGUCAGGUGGCGUUUGGCUGUUGCUGUCUCUGUAGUAGGCCGUAUGUGUGAUUUUUUGGUGGUGGUAAGAUUUAGACUUUGGCGUUUUGAUAGGUGUGCGAGUGAGGGGGAGUGUGUGGCGCUGUUUUCGCUUCUCUGUGUGGGGUUGUUAUUCGUCCACGUAAAGCUCUCCAUGCACAUGUGUGUGUGUGUAUUUCACGGCAAGUGCAACUGUGCAACCCUUUUGUUUUUUCAAAGCACAGUGACUCAGCGCAGGGUUGUCAUGACUGCGAAUGUGUCUGUGUGCUGCUCUGUAUGGAGGGAGCUCUUGGAAGGAGUGUGUGUCUUCCUAUAAUAUGUGGUAGCUGAUGAGUGUUUGCCGCCAACUGUAUGCUUCUGGAGGGGGGAGUGCCAGUGCCUUAGCAAAUAGAAUCACCUGUGCCAACCUGGCACCCUUCAGCUGUUUUGGACUACAAUUCCCAUCGGCCCCAGACAACACAUGGGAGUUGUAGUUCAAGCAUCUGGAGGGCACUAGGUUGGGAAAGACUGAAAGAGACACAAAUGCUUCCUUCCCUGUGCAUCACCACACAUCACUUUUUAAAACAUAGACACAUUUUUUGCGGGUCUUCCUUAACAAUAUAAAGCAUCUCUGGAACAGCAGGGUGUGCCUGAGCAUAUAAAAUGCUUUUGAAAGCGUGCUUUGCUCCCUGGGCAGGAGGAAUAUUGUUAUCAUAACAUCAGUGGCACUGGAGACAUCUGCCUACGUUCAUUGAAGCACUUGUGGUCUUUCACAAGCGCUGGUGGGUGUGACAUCUUAGCGUACAGGGUGUAACUUGGGCAUCUUUGCAUAUUUUUGGGCAUGCUACAGUUACACGUGUGCUACAUUCAAGGGUGCUUUUUUUAGUGUGUCCGUUUAUCACUGUGAGAGUUCGUGGCGUAUUAGCUUAUGGUUUGUGUCUUUGCUAGACCUGAAAGGAUCCUGCUCCCUCGACUGGAGCUCUUCCCCUGAAAUGGAAACCUUUGUUUCUUUAUUUUUUGCUUCCUUAAAACGAGCACUGGUGCGAGACUCAUUUAAGCAGGUCUUGCUGGGAAUCUCAGGUGAGGAGAGCGCUCAGGAGCUGCUUGUGGGAUUCCCAUAAUGGGCAUCUGGUUGGCCACUGUGAGACCGGGAUGGGCCCCCUUUGCCUGAUCCAGCCGCCAGGCUCUUGGGCAUUCCUCCCACUGUGUUGAAGCAUUUGCACGAGGAUCCUGUCGUUCAGCACCAUUGGCAUUUGACAGUGUCUCGGCUGCUCCCUAGAAUACAAACACACUCACACCUGCACCAACCAACCCUUCCCAGAAAAGAAGCUUGCUAUUUCAAAUUCAGCAAUAGCCAAAUUUUGGAACCCGUCUAAAUUUCAGAUCCCUAUAAGCAAAAUAAGUGACUGGCCUGAGGUGUCACCCAGUGAGCUUCACACUGCUGAAUGUGUACCACCCUGUCUCCAGGAUAUAACACCAGCAUUUAAAUUCUGUGGUUUGUGGCAUGUUACUUGGGCUCAGGCUAAGCCCUAGUCUGUGUGCCUGCUGUGUCUUUGUCUGCUGUGGUGCAUGGCUUCUGUAUCCACCAUAUUGGAUGCUGACCCUCACACAGAGACACCAGAACCUCACAUCACACGUAGCCUCCGCUCUACCCUACUGAGAGGUAUUUAUCAUUGUGAGAAGCGGUGGGGAGGGCUGCGAUGGGUGGCGGGGUGGGGUGUGGGUUACGGAUAUGGAGUUGUCUCUUGGACAAAAAGUUUUUUUUGUGGGACGUUGUUGUGAGGGAGUAACCCCUCACAGUGGAGGGUGACCGGCAAAACAAUCUGUGAAUCAGCAGCACAUGUGAUUUUGGUGAACAGGAGAGGGAUGAAGAAUUGGAGGAAGGCCUCACCCCCCCUCACACCUCAGAUCCACCCUGUUUCAAAGCCUGAUGGUGUGUGGCCAGCAGAACCUGAUUCAUCCUAAGUGUUGGUGGGUUCAAAUCCAGAAAGGCCAAUUAUCCUGAAAUUAAUUAGUCAGCACUGUGCAGAGUGAAGUGGUGGUUUUUGAUCAAUUGUUGUAAUAAAUAGGAGCAUUAUGCAUACUGGAAGGGCUGCCGUUCUCUAGAUGCACCUCCUUGUUUGUUAAGAUUUUCAGAGGAGGGUGGGGCCCUAGUUGCAGAAUGCUUUCCUCAGGGAAAAUUGCCGGUUUGUUAUCAUCCUUUGGCACCGGGAUUUCUUUCUCUCCAAAGUUGAAAAACAUUUUAGAAACACUUUUAAAGCUGCUGAUGGGUGGUGUGGGUUUUCUUGGGUUGUUGCUUACUUGCUGCUGCUUUUACUCUUUGUAGUGGUCUCUGGUUGUUCUUCACAACAGCCCUGUAUGGUAGGACAGUAUUAAAAUAUCCACAUUGCCCAUGUCAUUGAAGAACCUGAAAGAAGACAUGUAUUACCCCCAUCCGCUGUGGAACCUUUUCAAGAUAGCAUGGGGUGGGCGGGGGAUGUGGCACAGUGUGCCGUUGUACAAAGGGGGUGGGUAGGGAUGGAAUGGGACAGGGGCAGAAGGUUGGUGAGCAUUGCCAUGCUUGAAAGGAGAGCAUGUUGGGAUUGGAUAAUUUUCGCCUCUCCUACCCAAACUCCUGUUUCUGAUGUGGAACAGCACAGGCUAAGUCAGGGGAAAUGUGCCAGCAAGUUGCAACCAUACAGCAAAUUGUCCUUCUUUCUGAGGACUGCAGACUUCAGUCUGGUGUGACUAAUCACCAGCUGAUUAACUGGGCGACAUUCCCCACCCCACUUAAUCAAUGGGUUUCUUGCUGUUGUUGUUGUUGUUGAGUCGUUUAGUCAUGUCCAACUCUUCGUGACCCCCUGGACCAGAGCACGCCAGGCACUCCUGUCUUCCACUGCCUCCCGCAGUUUGGACAAACUCAUGCUGGUAGCUUGAGUUUAGCAAAGAGCAAAAACUCCGGGAUUUGGGCUGUUGAAGGUUGUGUCACUGUCAGGGCCAUGUUGAUGUUUCACUCAGUCUUCACUGUAUUCCAGUACAACAGCUUUUGCCAGCCUGGUGCCCACCCUCACCCAACAUGUUAUGGACUGAAAUUCCCCAUCAGCCCCAGGGGCUGGCAGUAGUUGCAGCCCAACAACAUCUGGAGGGCGCCAGGUUGGCAUAGUCAGGAUUAGAAGAUGCUGAGAUGGCUUGUGCAGAGUUGGCAGAAAUUGUAAGUUACAUCUACAGUUACAUAAUGGGCAUCUCUCUUGAAAACCUCGGCAGGGAUUUUUCCACUGAGGAUAGGCGGUAUGCAAAUAUAUUUAAAUUUAAUUUGCUGCUGAAAUACUGGCGAGUUAACCAGUUUUAAAAACCGUUGUCAUCCCUCUUGCUGUGUAUUAUUUAUAUAGUGUCAUCUGUGUGGUUGACACUGUCAAAAAUUUACAAGCGGUCCUGUCUCUGUUGUGAGUGAGCUUUCUCCCCCCAACAUCAAAUGCUGUAAGGAUAUAAAAGACUUAGCCUGCCGCUUGACUCCUUCCCCAUUCACCGUAGUCUUGUGCUCCCUAGAAUGCUCCCAUAACUGCUCUAGGAGGAAGGGGAGGUCAGAGAAUGCUUACGUACAGCACCAUUUCUGUGUGAGAGAGGGAGAGAGGUCAGACUAGAGGUGGGGGCAUAACUGUGCAAGGCCAGGAAACACAUUUGAGGAGAGAAAUGUGGUACUGGGAAAUGUUAUGGGAAAUUUACGCUUAAGGGAAAGAUGGACUCUCGAAGAAGUGAAUUGGUGUGCAUCUUCUGUUCAGUGAAACUUGUGUAGGAGAGCAUCCUGGUUAAUCGAAACCUCCUUCUCAACUGGUGUUUGUGUAUGGGCUUUGGUGCAUUGGCUGAUUUAGGGCCUGGACUGGCGUGCAAUUCAAUGAAUUACCUUCCUUACGAGGAAUGAGGGAAGACAGGCUGGGAGAGGGCCAUUUUUCUAACAACUGGCCCCUUCCUGUGAAUUAUUGGAAUAAUAAUUUUUGACAAAGGGUGAAUAAGGACCGCUUGACAGAUCUAAUCAAAUGGCUGCUCUAGGCCUUGCAGAAUCCCCUCUCCCCCAUCUUUCUAGGGAUGAAUUUCUGGUCUUUGUCAGUUUGUAUUCCCCUCCUUUUAUUCUAAAAUGUAUGUGUGCAUAUAUUUUUUAAUAGCACAGGAAAUGUUACCUUCUUUUCGACAUGGUGGAUGGGUAGGUCAGUAAUCAUGGUAGCUAGGUGGAUCCUCUGUGUUCAGAAGCAUUGUACCUUUCGGGUUACCUUCAUACUUCUGUAGAUCUGAUCCAGCAGGGCUCAAUUAUUAUUUUACUUACUUAACCAAAUUUAUAUACCUUUUGAUUGUAGGAAAAACAACCAACCCUCUAAGCAGUUUGCAAAAAUGUGAAAUAAAACAUUAAAAAUCUCAGCAAAAAAGCAGUUAAAAGCAAGCAUAUCAAAGCAUUGGAAAGAUGAGUUAAAAUCAACAGGAGAUAAAACAGGUGUAACUUCUCGGUGCCUGGCCAUGGAUAGGCUUGCCUAAACUAAAAUGUUUCAAGCCGGUGCUGAAGAGAGUACAGCGAAUGCACCUGCCUCAUCUCAAUAGACAGGUAGUUCCAAAGUGUGGGUGCUGCCAUGCUAAAAAAUAGAUUUUCUACAAGUGCUUAGCAGGUGUUAUGUGUAGCAGUGCCAGUUCCACCGAUCAAAUCAGUCAAGUGGGCAUAUAUGGGGUGUGGCGAUCCUGCAAGUAUACUGGUCCCAAGCUGUUAAAGGCUUUAUAUAAUAGUAGUUACACCUUGAAUUUGGUCCCAUAGCAAAUGGGCGCAACCAGUACAGAUAUCUGAACAGAGAGGUAUUAUAUACAUAUUCUGGUGUUCUUGUGACCAAUUUAGGUUGGUGUAGGAGUAAGUAUGCAAAUUUUAAAGCCCCCCCCCCCGGUUAUAUAACACCCAGAUUUAUUUAUUUUUGCUUGAUGUAACAUAUAUGCAGAACUUGCUCCUUGCAGAUCCACAAAAAUCAACAUUUCUCAGACUGUGCGUCAAAGGCCACCACCAUUGAGCCUCUGCACUGCAGUCCGCCCCAUGGUCAUGCAGUAGUCUUUUGACAGGAGGGACGCUAGCAGCAGCAGCAGCAGCUCCUCACAUGCACAGCGCAUAGGCGCACGGGAGAGGACAGUUAGAGCAUGAGGUGAGAGUGGAUCUGUAGCAGGCAAAGAUGGACGAUGAAGAGAGAUAACAGUGUAAAUAUUUUUUUUUUAAAGUAAUACAGUGAGCCAGCCCACAAUUUACGUGCAUUUAACUUGUUCACCCUCGACUUUAUGCAUGUGGCAAAUUUAAAAAUAAAAAGAGGCAGAAAGGGGUUGGGGUUCCGGGAAAAAUGACUUUGGCAAUCCCCCCCUCCCUCCAUUGAACUCAAUGGGUUUUGAGUAUACACAAUUUGGGCUUUAGGUGUGAUCCCUGGAACGUAACAAACUCAUAAAUUGUGGGCUUACUGUAAUACCAAACUGGGAAUAGAGAAGGGUAUAAGAAAAGGAAGGUGCUAUAAGAGGAAGAAAAGGGCAACCACAAUGAUCAAAGGAAUGGAGUGAAUCCCCUAUACCGUAUCCCCAAAUUCGUGGAAGAGAGUGCUGUUGAUGGCUACUAGCCAUGACGGUUCUGCUUUGCCUCCACAGUUGGAGGUAACUGUGCUUCUGAAUGCCAGUCGCUGGAAACUGCAGGAGCUGGAGAGGACUCUUGUGCUUGGAUCCCGCUUGCAAGUUUCUCACAGGCUGACCACUGUGAGAAAAGGAUGCUGGACUAGGCGGGCCAUUGGCCUGAUCCAGCAGGACUCUUCUAAUGCUGUUAUGUCCUUAUGACAGUAAAAUGGGCAGGGAUGAGCGAUGAAAGAAACAGGCACUUUGGGAUGGGAGUAAGGUGCAAGUUAACUGCAGCGAUGGCUGAUAAGCACUGGUGUCAGCUGGCAGGGAGGGAAAGUGUAAAACCAAAAAGGGUCCAUUAGAUGCUGAUCCUUUCAAGCCAAACCUGUGAUUUCCCACGUGUUGUUGGACUGUUAGCUCCCACCAUCCCUGGCCCGUGGCCAUGCUGACUUCUGGGGUUGCUGGGAGGUGGGAGACCAGCAAUGUCUAGAAGGCCACAGAGUCCCAUUCCUCCAUUCUACAACUGUGCACUGGUUACUCUCUUAAAAUUCAGCUAGGUCCUUUUCUCAAUUCAGAUUGAAAAUGGUUUGGAGGGAAAUGUGUCAAAAUGCAGUAUUUCCUAAGAAAUGACAGGAUAGGUAGGGGACAGAUAUGGAUUGUGUUUAAUGUAAUGUGUCCACAGCUUCCCCAACCUUUGGUGCGAUCAAAUGAGAUGCGGAUUAAAUGGGAAGGCAUGCCCAGUCUGAAAGACUCAGGGUCAGGAAAUUGUGCCUAAAAUGUGGAAGCUGUUUCCCCGAUGCCUCCAGAGUUAAAGUCUCUACUUAGCUGGAUUGUGGAACUCCCUGCCACAAGGAAACUGCUGCACCAAAGAAUUAAGCCAUUUCCGCAGAGGGAUUAGACAGCCGCAGGAAAUGCUAUCAGUGUUUACCAGCCUAUAUUGUACCUAUUCUCCAGAUGUCGCCAUUUUGUAGUUGACUCUGCCCCUUGCACCACCAUUUUGUGACUGGGCACAAGCAGACCCAGGGAGCAGUGGGGCAGAGUAGAACUUUUCGAGAACCUGUCCCUUGCUCUAAAAUAUACCGAUUUUGUACUUCCUACAGACACGAUAAUGCCUUUAGUUGUGGUAUAAAACCCUGAAACUGUCUCUCACAGCUGGAUAAAUCUUUACUAUGAACGAUUUUAAUUCCCUUAUAUGUAAAUUGCUUUGAGACGGUGGGUUAGAAGACAAUUAAUACAUUAAUUCUAGUAAUGAUAAUGGCAACCAAUAAACCUUCAAUGGAGAAUUCAAGAUCCUUUUGUUAGUCAAACUCUUCUGGGUGCAGGGGGCGGUGGGAGAGGAAGCCUCCUAGCAGAGGCCAACGGGAGCCGAGGCACUUGGGUGUGGGGCAGAAUUUCUUGCAGGAGGUUGGAAGAGGAUAUACCAGAAUCCAAGAGGUUUGGGGCAGGGUGAGGGUAGGAAGUGCUGCUAGGUCUUUCAAAGACUCUAAGCCCAGGUCCAUGGCACAAAUUACUUGCAUUUGCUAAUUCAAAUGUAUGUAUGCAAUCACACACAUUUGAAGGAAAUAAGAGGAAAUAAGAUUCUCUGGUCCCAGGACUCUGCGUAUUGGCCCCUCUCUGCAAACUAAGGGGCUGGAGUCUCACCUUUUGUUGGGGGCUCAGCUCCCCUGUAAGCAAAGGUUCUUUAAAAAAAAAGUUUAUAAAGGAGAGAAGGUGAAGGAGAUCUGGGUCUGGUGCAGAAUCCAUGGGGCUCAGCCACCCCCUAACAGCUGUGUGUGUGAGAGCCAAGCAUGGAUGACUUGUCAGAAGAGAUGGGGGGGGUUUCAUCCACACUUCAUCUUGUUGCAAUGGGGCUCCUUGCCCUCACCAUACGCCACCCCAAUAAGCGGGCCUCAUGGUAGCCUUGCGGUGGUGUGGGGAGGGCUGUAAGAUCCGUGACAGAGCAGCUGCCUUGUGUGCGGAAGGUCCUGGGUUCAAUCCCCAAUGGCACCUCCAGGUAGGGUUGGGAGAGACUCCCUGCCUGAAUCUCUGGAGAGCCACUACUGCCAGUCCGUGUAAACAAGACUGAGCUAGACAGACCUAGCUUCCCAUGUUCUUCUCUAUUCCAGCCCUUCAUUCUGAAUGAUGAGGGCUAGAAUCUUGCUUUAUUCUUAGGGGAUUUGGCUGCAGCUCAGUGACAGAGUAUCUGCUUCGCGUGCAGGUGCCAGGUUCAAUGCCCGACAGCAUCUCCGGGUUGGGGUAGGAGAGACCCCCUAUCUGAAACCCUGGAGAGCCGUUGCUGGCAGUCAGAGUGGGAAAUUCUGAGCUAGAUGGACUCCAGUGGUCUGACUCAAUAUCAGCUUCUUUCAUUUUAAACCAUGGAAAAAACAUAAAGGCUGUGUGUGUGUGUGUGUGUGUGUGUGUGUGUAUUCCCUUCCCCACCCCACAGGACUGUAACCCUGGCCUGAUUUAGUCCUUGCAGCUGGCUUUAAGCCUUAGAAACCCCUUGUCUUGUUUGACCCUUCAAGAGGCCUAUAGAGAAUAUAAGAACAUGGGGUCCUGGACGUGUGGGUUCCCCACCAAAGUCACAGUGUCCACAGCUGUUGGCUGGAGCUCACUGCACUAUUUACCGUAUUUUCCGCUCCAUAAGACGCACCAGACCACAAGACGCACCUAGUUUUUGGAGGAGCAAAACAAGAAAAAAAAUAUAUUCUGAAUCUCGGAAGCCAGAACAGCAAGAGGGAUCGCUGCGCAGUGAAAGCAGCAAUCCCUCUUGCUGUUCUGGCUUCUGGGAUAGCUGCACAGCCUGCAUUCGCUCCAUAAGACGCACACACAUUUCCCCUUACUUUUUAGGAGGGGAAAAAGUGAGUCUUCUAGAGCAAAAAAUACGGUAGUUCAACACAUGCCCUAUCCUAAACUGUAGGAUUGUGACUUUUUAAGGUUGCUAACGCAUCUUCUCUUUGGAGUGGGGAGAGUUCCUCCCGGGACAGAGCCGGGCCUGGCAUGUGGUGUGGUGGGCGCAGAUCUCCUGGGGCUCAUCGGAUCACCCGCCCUCACCUUUCUGCAGGGGACUGCUGUGGUGCUUCUAAUCCCAUCAGAGAGGUGACCUAAGAGGCCUGUCCUGACAGAAGCCGCCUCCUCCCAAUCCAAUUAACCUGAGCGCCAGACCAAGGGCUGAUAGAGGGCGUGAGGAGGAGGAGGGAGGGAGAGCCACUAGGGGGUGCUGUGCUGCAGGCCUGAGCAAGGGAUAUUUAGCAGCGUCUUUUCGGCAGAGCUGCAUCGUUGGGGCUCAGUGAGAGCCUGCCGUGGUUGUGCAAAGCUCACUGCGGCGAGGUUUCCGCCAUCCCUGCACUUUUUAAGCAGGUGUCUGGCCCCUGCAAAAACCUUUUCCCUAAUAACUAGGAGGCCUCUUCUUUCCCCCGCUUCCUUCACCUUCUGCCCCUUAUUCUUCUUCCUUUCUCCCUGCCCCCAGGAAAAGCCCCAUUGUCGCUUAGCACCCCAAAGUGCCUCCUUUCAGCGUGAUAAGGGCGCCACCUGGUGGCUGCUCAUGACACCUGCAGCUCCACAAGGACAUGGUCUCGUUCUGUUCCAGGACUCAGGAGUUCUGCCCCUUCCCCUCCCCCACACCUCCCCAUUUGUCCUAAUCUAAGCAGAACUCCACUUUGUAUCCGGAAAACCUGGGGUUGGGCUCUCUCCAACCCCAUACUGCCCCAGAGAAACAAGGCGCCCGGGGUUCUGGAACAUCUCUUUUGUUAACCCAUUGUGCCCCGUUCUUCCUCCAGAUUACCGGAUUUUCCCUGCUCCUCGCCCUUUCGCCUCUUUGCUCUCCCUUCCCAAAGAAUCCAGGAGACCUUGCUCCUAGAAUAAUAAUAAUAUGCCUCCCCCUCUUCCCUAAGAGCCCAAGCUCCCAGCUCUCCCCCAACUCCUCCCUGCUCCCCUCUGCCCUAACAUCCUCUGCUUUCUUGAGAACCCAGGCGUCCUGGCGUCCUUCCCCAGCGCCGCCCCCCCACCUCCACACACACACAUACACACACACACACACACACACACACACCGGAAGUCCAGGUGCCUCCCCCUUUCCCGUUUUCUGCCUGCCUGAUGAACGAUGCUCAAGAGGGAUGGAGCCCCUCAACCCCGCUAGCUUUCCCUCCCUCCCCCCGCUCCAAAAGCCAAACCUGAGCCCAACCACCCAGGACCAGAGAGCGGGGGAUCAUUGCCUUCUAGCAAGGCAGGAAUAGCAAGACUCCAUCCUUUCCAGAGGGAAAAACCUCCUUUCUUCGCCGCCGUGCCUCCUUGGCCCCAUCAGGCACGUAGAACCCGAACCCGGCUCCAUCUGGGCAGCCGUCUGCCUCGCCAUCCGCUGCGAGCGAAGGAGAGAGGGGGGAGGCAGUCUGCGUGAGUGAGUGAGUGAGUGUGUGUGUGUGUGUGGAGGGGGGGGCAGAGAGAAGCUCAGGGAUGCUGGGAGUCACAAACAGCCUUUAGCCCCGAAGGGAGGGGGUGCAAACAGUGCUUUCUCGCCGGGGUGGAUCGGGCCCCUUGCCCAUCGGUGGUCCCCCCAGAGGUGAGCGGAGAGGGAUUGCCGGCAUCCAUCCAUCCGCUGGCCUCCAAAUCUAUUCCUCCCUCGGUGGAAAUUUCCUAUUCCACCUGUUUUUCUUUUCCUUCCCUCCCCCUCCUCCUUCCCCUCCCUCUUUUUUCUUCUUCUCCACCCCCCCCCUUCUCAUUGAAUUCUUUCUGGCCCAUUGAGCACACAGAGAGAGGGAGAUUGUUUGGCUUCCCUCCCUGCAUCUUUUCCGUCCACCUGACGGGGAGCAAGCGAAGGAGGCAGAGAGCGUGAGGGUGGCAUGCUGAUGGUGGUGAGGACGGCAGGGUCCUAAGCAGCCUGCUUGCUCCUUCCACCUCCUUCUGCCAGAGGGGGACAUUGUGCCCCCCACCCCAUCCAGAGAGAGAGGCGGGUCUGCAUCCCGGCAGAGGGGAGCCGAGAGAAAGGGGGCACAGGGGGGAACAAUGCCCCCUUUCCCCUAAUAUUUGCCUGGUGAAUUUAAAACCCCUUCCCCCUCCCCUAAAACAUAUUUUGGUCUUGCUCUGCCAGUUUAGGUGGUCUUAAAAGGAAAAUAUUGGGGGAGGUAUACAAAGAACUUGAAGGGGGCAUUCUCCCUGUUUCUCCACCCUCCUGCCACCCUCUGGAGCGUCGCCCCAGGGGGCAUCAUGUUUGUGUCCGUGUGGUAUGCCAAGAAAAUGGGGCGAAGGUUUAUUAGCAACGUCCGGAAGGCGAAGAGGCAAAGGCACCUGCUCACGGUACGGGGUUUGGGGGGGAGCGGGCUGGAGGGGGAGCACCCCUGUCGUGGCAUUGGAGUGGGUGGGAUGGGUGAACAUGGGGAGGGAGAGAAAUCUCAGUUUUGCUUGGGAGGGGCGUAUCAGCAGCAGGGAGGAAUAGUGAGGGGGCUGGAGGAGGGGAAAGGGUGGAGUUAGGGGUCUCUGUGGAGUUUGGGGUUAAAAAGUGGGGCAUGGUUCAAAGCCACUAGGGCUGCAGCUUGUAUUUUGGGGGGGUGUACAAGCCAGAUAGUUUGGGGUGGGGGAAAGUAAGAAAUUGGUUGGAGGAAGGAACAGGGUACUUUUUUGGGGGGGUAGACAGAGUUCUAGGCGCAAGGGGGAGAGACAGGGUGUGACAUGAUAGGGACUUCAGAGGACAGUGAAAAGGGGCAAUGGUGGGACCUAGGACUCCUGGGUUGGGGGGGGCUGUGGGGGAGGUAUGCCUAUGGGAAGGGAGCCAGGACUCCAAGGCUAAUGAGGGGAGGUGAAUUUUUUAUUUUCUCCUGGGGUUGAUUGGGUUGCAAGACAGCGAGUGAGUGGGAGGUAACCCGGACUCCUGGGUUCUCUGGGAGGUCUGAGCUCCAUGGGGCGGGUUGGGGGUGGCUUUGGGGUAAUGGAGGUAAACAAAUGGUUUUCUGUCUGCGUGGGUGGGUGGGAACAGACACAAGGCAGAACGUCCUUUUCCUCUCAGCCCAUCUGGCUCUUCACUCUGGGCCCAGACCCAUAGAUGGCCUUGUCCUUACCCCCCCCAACUAAUAAAUGAUACAAGGAUUCCCAGGGGUGCAGGAUAAGAUGGCUGGGAAGGAGAUAAAAGUCAGGAGUGGGGCAGCAUUUGAGGGUCUUAGCAGAGCCUUAGGGUUCUGGAAAGUCUGUAUUGGAGGGGUGUCCCUGUGGUUGAGUUGGAAUGCAAGGAGUUUAAGAGGGGCUGAAAUAGUGGGGUUAGGGGGCUUCAUGAUAGUCAGGGCAUUGGGGGUGUGGGUCAGGAGGGGCUGUAGAUGUUCUUCAGAAGGCCCGUCUCAUCUGGAACUCAAAGUGGGGUGGGAAGGUCUGUGAAUAAACUAACCAUGACUGGGAUUUUUCUGGAAAGGAUAGAAGAUGAAAAUUUGUGACCUGGACAACAGAAUAUUGGGGUGCAGGGUAUUUAUAUGUGCGUCUGACUGGAUGUGGAUGGGUUGCAAGGGAUACCCCCAGGAAAAGCACAGGUCAUCUCCCAGAUAAUUAUCUAGGGGUGGAUGAUUUGGGGUGGGGGUGGGGAGUAGUCCUUUGGCCAGGAAUAUUGGAGGGUCAGGAUUAGAGGGCUGUCAGCCCUUUCAGUUCCCUUUGGGAUCUAUGUGAAGUAAGCAGUGUGUGUAUAUAUAUGAGUGUGUUGGGGGAGCAGGGGAGGGGGGAGGUUGUGCGUCAGCUUUAUAGACAGAUGGCGUCAGUGUUUAUACUGUAAAUUUUCCUGAGUUAUGAAUGGGAGAGUGAAGAAGGACUUUCAUGACUUGGGUUCCUGAUCAGUUCAGUUUGUUUUUUAUGUGCUUUGCUUUUUAAUAAAGGGGGGGGGGGAGAGAGAGCCACCCUUCCCUUCCCCUCCAUUCCCUUUUUGUAGAAGCAUUGCAGUUGUUAAAAAAAAGGUGAAUGAAUCCUAGCGUCUGAUCCCUGUGUGCUACACUCAUCCUUGGGCUGCCACCCCCCAAACUAGGCUCUGCUGCCCCAGCUUGACCCUGCCUAUCAGGACUACAGCCAGUUGUGUCACCCCAUCCCAACUUAAUUUAGAUCCUCCCUAUCCAGGCUCCCCCCCCCCCAAGGCUCCUAGCAAGACUGCAGCGGCCAGCACCACCAUGUUCCUUCUGGAAACGGCAUUGCCUCCUGUUGUCGUGGCCUUUUCUAGAUCCCUCCAUGCCCAGCUGGCAGGGCCGGUUCUGGAUCCCGAAGGAGGGUGCAUUUAGAAGAUUAAAGGCCCCCAAUUUGCCUUGGCAGACCUUCCCUGGGAUUGCUGCAUCGCCUGGCAGGGGGAUGGACGCAGCUGCGGAAGGCCUGCUCUGUGGAGAUGUGUGUGUGCGGUGGGGGGAGAAGGGCAGCCGUCCUUAAAGGAGGCCUUUUGCCUGCUGGAGCUAGGAAUUUGGUCCUUGGCACAACUGUUGCCCAUGACUUGAGCAGAAUUCAGGGGUCUACCUGCUUGUUUAUGGGGUGCAGGGAGAGCUGUGAGGGGUUUUUUGGGGGGUAUUGGUGCCCUCUGAAUGCCACUUUAAAAUGCAGCCAUCUUGACACAGGAGACCCUUGUUCGGGAUGCAACCUCUCACCCCACCCAGUUUUAUAUAGCUAACCCUACGUUCUCUUUCUGAGUCUGAGAGCUGGUUCUGAUGUUGUGACAUGUGGAUAAUGCUCCCCUCUCCUGUGGCAACUGCAGAGUAAUCGGAGGACUGGGGAAAUGUGGAAGGAAAGAGGGGUCAGAACUCUGGCAGAUAAGCUGCCUUGCUUGCAGGUUCAGUUCUUGGCAUUUCCUGGGUGAGCUGUGAAUGAAAGUCCCCUGCCCAAGACUCUGGAGAGCCACAGCUUGUCAGCGUAGACUAUACAGCCUUAGAUGGACCCCAAGGGUCUGACUCAGUAUAAGGCAGCUUCUUAGAUUCCUAUUACUUUAGACCCCUUCUGCACUAUACCUUUAAAGCAGUGUCAUUCUUCUUUAAACAGUCAUGGCUUCCCCCGCAAAAUCCUGGAAACUUUGUGAAGGGUGCCCAGAGUUGUUGGGAGACCCCUGUUCCGCUCACAGAACUACAAAUCCCAGAGUGGCUUCACCGGGAACGCUGAGGAUUGUAGCUUUGGGAGGGGAAUAGAGGUCUCAUACCCAUUCUCAGCACUCUUAACAAACCACAGCUCCCGGAAAUAUUCACAGGAAGCCAUGUCUUUUUAACCUGGUAUCCUAGAGCUUUGCACUUACAGUGCUGGUGGGGCUUUAGCUCAGUGGUAGAGCAGCUGCUUUGCAUGCAGAAGGUCCCAGGUUCAGUUCCCGGCAGUGUCUCCAAGUAUGGGCUGGGAACGUCCCCUGUCUGAAACCCUGAAGAGCUACUGCCAAUGAGAGUUUGCAAUGCUGCGCUGGACGGACGAGAGGUUCUGACUUUGUAUAAGGCACCUUCUGAUAUUCCAAGCAGUGUUAGAAACUGGGAUAUGAAAGCUAGGAGCUCAAUGGCACCUUAAACCUAGGUUCUGGGCACAACAACAGAAUGUCUAGGCGCACUUUUUUAUAACAAGAAUACAAAGCUGAAAACGAAUGAACGGCAGCUAAAAUAUUAUGUUCGUUUUUCAUUUGGUCUAGUCCUUCCCCUGCCUACCCCCCUAAUAUUCUUAAGAGGGUCUCUUCUCCAUUCUUCAGAGUGUAGCUGGAAGUGGGGAGGCAGAAAAAGGUCCUCCUUUCCUUCCACUCUGCAGUUUUAAUCUGAAAUCUUAGGUGCAGUACUGCGCCCAGAGCUCAGAAACUGCUCACUCUAAUGAAAUUCCCUGUCACAAAAUGUGCCUAGAACAACGGGAGUUUUGAACACUGAUUCCAAGGUUUAAUCUGGACCCAUGAUUCUGUUACUUAUAUUUUUAUAAAUAUAAAUUGAUUUUGUUUGUUUGUUUUAACAGUGGUAGUUCUUUAUAUAUAUUUAACUGGUUUGUGGGUUUCAGCUAUAUUUUUACCUAUAAUUUUAUCUGCACGUAGUUUGGAGAGCUUUUUAGUUCAAACGGUUUAUCCAUUUUCUUAAUAAAGAGAUGCUUUUCUAAAAAAAUCCCCUGCAUCUCCAGGGUUGCUGUUGUUGUUUGAAUAAUAAAAGCAUCAAGUAGGAGGUGAUGGGGAAAAGCUCUCCCCCCUCUCUCUGCCAGAGACCCUUCAGGGCUCAGAAGGGCUUCCAUUCAGAGAUGAAUCACAGUUAUUCCUACUUUAUACCUUUCCUGAGAUUGCAUCAGUUACAUUUGUGAACAGGAAAGCAGCCAUGAGGGCCUAGUACAGGAAGUUGUGGCUGAAGAUUUUGUGUGUGUUUCCGACACAAACUCACUAUUUCUCUAAGGGUCUCAACUCCCAUCAUCCUUGGCCAUCCUGAGGCUGGGGCUGGUGGGGCCUGUAGUCUGUGAACAUCUUAAGGGUGUCCAUGUCGUGGAACACUGGAUAGUAUCGAGUUAGAACUGGAGAGAUGUAGGUUCCAUUCCUCACUCAGCCAUAAAGCAACCUUGGGCCAGGUGUGCUCUCUCUCUCUUUUACCCUACUAGCCUACCUUACAGGGUUGUUUUUGAGGAUAAAAAUGGAGCAGAGCUGUAUUCCAUCCUAAGCGCCUUGGAGGAAAGGUGGGAUAAGUAACAGCAGCAUAAGUGACCAAAUGAAUGAAUGAAUGAUAGUUUGCUUGGAGACAGUCAACUUGUGUGUGGGCUAUACCUCUGUCUCCUCAAAGUCCCUUCGCAGAAAAAUGACGUUGGGCAGGGAGGGGGAGAAUUCCUGCCUAUUUUUCUGGUUUUUAUUUUUUGGGACAAAGGAGCCAUCAUGCAAGGACUUACCAUCAUGAGAACCAGAUGCUGAGACUGAAGUUGGCUAGCUGCCUUAAUGAGAACUAGAACUUUAGUGACAGUCAGUGCUGGAGUGUUGGUUUAUUUGGAAUUCUGAUAGGCAACAUUUCAGAGGUGAGAGCAGAAGGCUUUGGAUUUAUUUGUUCAGUAAGUUAAUCCUGCUGGAUCAGGCCAGUGGCCAUCUAGUCCAGCAUCUUGUUCUCACAAUGGCCAACCAGAUGCCCAUGGGAAACCUGGAAGCAGGAUUUGAACCCUCCUGUGGUUUCCAGCAACUGGUAUUCAAAAGUGUGGCUUCCUCCAAGUGCGACAGCAGAGCAGAGCUUUUGUGUCCAAUCCUCUUUUAAAGGUUUAAAGGCCACCACUGCCUCCUGCAUGAGUGAGUUCCGCAGUUUUUACCAUGCGUUGCACGAAGAAAGACUUCCUUUUAUCUGUCCCAAAUCUUCCAGCGUUCAGCCUCGUUGGAUGUCCACAAGUUCUAGUGCCGGGAGAAAAUAAGAAAAAAAGCCUUUCCCAAUCCACUUUACGUUGGAUCCUCGUAAGAGAAUCUGCAGCUGCCACGCAGGUCUCCUCUGGGGUGGAGGUAGCCGUUUUAUACAAAGCUUUUGAUGCAGCUGCUGCUGCUGGCAUAGACGGGUGGGUGGAGGGGUAACCAGAGGGGGGGGGGGAGGCUACCAUUUAAAAAAAAGAAAGUUAAUGAAAUGAAAUGAAACUUGUCAUGUCUUCAGAACAGAACAAGGCAGCCCUCAUUAGCAGCUGUAAAUAAUUCAUGCCAAGGCUUCGUUUGGAGCGAAGCGGAUUUACUGCCUCCCCACCCCUCCCUGCUGUUCUCCUCUCCGAAGAAGGAAAAAGUGGGUUGCGGGCAGAAAGACUUUUUAAAAAUACACCCCCAGGAGAUCCAGGGGGCGGUGUUUCUAGAGGGCGGUGCAGCCGGGGAGAGGGGGAGAGGAGGCUGGGAACGAAAGGUCCCUCUUGAGUUUUCUUCUCCGACCUUGGAUGCUGCGAGAGUGAUGUAACUCCUUAAAAUCUGGGCCUCCCCGUGGCCCAAAAAGCACAGCCACAUGGGGGGAAGGGUGUCAGCUGCCCUGCCCCUGAUCUCCACAUGGUCAGCUUUCCUUCCGCAUGGCAGACCCUGCAGCCCUGAUUCCCCCUGUUUGCUCUCUUCCUGCCUGCCCUGGUUUUAAAAUGAAAGCCCUAGAAAAUGUGAUUGCACAGUAGGAUACUUCUGAGCAUGUUCAGAAUGCUUUUUCUCCUGUGAAGCUGCAGAGCUCCCCGUCCAUCUUCGGGAAUGUACAGGUGAGGUGAGAAGGGAUUUCUGGCUGGCUUUUACCUACUUUCAUUUUUUUAAAAAGAGAAAUUGAAUGUGAGGAUUAAAGGCUGUGGGUAUUGACCGUAGAAUGGUUAAUGGUUCUGGUCAGCUGAAGGUAACUGCCAGGGAUAUCUAUAUGGCUUUUUGUCAGUUCCUUGGGCAGGUUUUUUUUUUUACAUAAAGGGGUUUCCUUCACCCACCACUGACCUCAAUACUGACUUCAUCGUGAUUAGCUCCUGUGGUCUGCAUUAAGAGGCAUUAAAUCUCUUUUCUCUUCUGGUACUUUUAAGCUGUUGGUGUAAUUGAACUAUAAUAUAUGUGUGUACCGUCUGUGUGUUGUGCUGGUGCACCCUCCUGGUAUAUCUUUGUGUGUGUGUGGCUAACCUGUGUGUCACCAGUGGCAUCUCAAACACAGUAGAAAACUUCUCUGUGUAGACAAAUAACAGCAAAUCCUGGCAUGUAGAAACUUAGUGUGUCAGGGAGUAGGGUUCCAGCGUAGCCCUUCCCUAAGAGGCUGGUUAUCUUGUGCUGGUGCAUCCUCCAAUUAUAUAUAUAUCAUGCGCAUCUGUGAGCUGCAGAGAGUGCUGCAUCUAAGCUUCCAGUUCUCAGGGAGAUGGUUAAACUGUGUGCGACCUGCGGCAUCUCACAUGCAGCUGAACGCCUCUGUGUAAAAAAAACCAAAACCUAUCAGCAAAUCCCUGCAUGCAGAAGCUUAGCAUGUCAGGGAAAAGUAUUCCAGCAUAGCCUUCCCCUAAGAUGCAAGUUACCUUUACACAGCAGGAACUUUCUGUUGUGAAAUAUUCAGAAUAUUCAGUUGUGAAACUCCCCAUUUGCAGGUUGAAAGUGGUAUUAAUUAGAUACAGGUUUAUCCCUUCCAGAGGAUCUAGACCAAACUGAUUUUAUUUUUUAUUUUUUGCUUGUGACAGCAUUCUCCUGUUGCUUUGGACCACAACUCCCAUCAGCUUCAGCCAGCAGGUUGCCUUAAAUGCCCUUUAGCCCUUCUUUUGUCACUCUACAGCAGGGAUAAUCAGGGAUGAUGGGAGUUGUAGUCUUGCAACAUCUGGAGAGCAAUACUAGUAUGCUUUGUACUUCCUAGUCUUGGCCUACAUGUGACAUCCAGCACAGCCUCCGCUUACACAUAAUAUCUAGCAUAGCUCAUCUCUCUCCUCACCCUGAGAUUCAUGAAAACACAUCUUCAAACUGUGCUGGCCAGGGCUGAUGGGAUUCAUAGUCCCCCAAAAAGCUGGGCAGCAGUGAAGGUUGAUAUAAGAUUUGCAGCAUAGGCCUCGCAGGCGUGUGUGACUUAGGGAUGCACAAGAUUCCUGUACACAGAGCUUUGGAGACCUAGGUGUCCUUGUGUUGACGCCAUCUUCUCCUGAUAUCGCCACCAUGUUUGUUCAGCUCUGUGCCCGCAGCUUCUUGUGGCAUGGCCGGUGUUCCUUGGGACUGUGUGUGUGGGCGUUCUUAGCCUCUUGUGCGCUCAGCCUCUUUGCAGCUGUCGGUCGGGGAGCCACACAAUGCCUCUCGUUCUCAGGGCCAUGCGUUUGUAGUGCGCCUUGUGGCCCAGUGUGCUGUGCUGGUGCAGUGUGCGUCACUGAUCGUGUGCUGGUGUGGAGCAGGGAGACGUGGCCUCUUGUGCAGCACCGCAACUCUUCUUUGGAGUAAGUGUGUGCUGUGUUGCCUGGUUGCAGUAAUUUACAGGUGAUGUGUAUUGCAUGUUCAAUGCCCUGGGGGCUUGAGGAUCUGUGCCAUUUGCAUGCUCCUUGUAUGAGCCAAACACCUGUGGGCUUCCUGUUUGUGGCUUAUGUGUCUCCUGGUUUUGCAUGUGGAUUGUUUGUGUCUGUUUAGAUGUCUACAUUCCUGAACCCACAUACACACACACUGUAGACAGUUCAACAUCAGCAGUACCCUGGUAUCCAAGACUGCAUAUCUUCCGUCUCUGCGUUAUUCUGCGCCAUUCACAGCUAAAUGUCCUGUAUAGUGUAUGCCGAUUAAGUCUGUGUUUGCAUGUUUGUGCAUAAUUUAUUCUAUUACUGCAGAUCAUGGGAAGGAGCAAAGUGCUAUCCAAGGUGCUGAAGUGUUCUCAGACCCCCCCCCUUGAUCCUCCUCAGUCCCCAAGUUUUCAGAUGUAGCAAAGAAACCUAUUCUUAGGGGCUAGGAACUUGCUUUUUUAAAAAAAGAAAAGAAACCUGUAAUUUCAGAGUUAAAGAGCUCUGUUCCCGGUGCCAGAUUCUCCAUCUGUGCAGCUUGAUUGGGGAGCUCGCUGCAUUUUGUAGAUAACCCCCCUUUCAUGACAUAGGUGAUCAGACAUACUUGCUGCGUGACAUACAUUUCAAUGUGGGCCAGUGUGGUGUAGCGGUUAGUGCGUUAUCAGGCUAGGACCUAGGAGACCAGGGUUCAAAUCCCCCAUUCAGCCACAUGAAGCUCACUGGGUGACCUUGGGCCAGUCACUGCCUCUCAGUUCAGCCUACCUCACAGGAUAGUUGUGAGGAUAAAAUGAGAACCGUGUUUGCCACCUUGGGCUUCUUGGAGGAAAUUAAACAUAGCGAAAAUGCAGACGUCUUGUCACAUAAAUGCAUAUGGUGGUGCUAUUAAGGUGGGGCUUUGGGGUCAGAAGUCCAGGGCCCCAUGGAGCAGAAUGAGCAGUGCGGGUUUCCAUAUCACAUGUUGAAGUUACUGCAUAUCAUCAUCUAAAGGAGGUGGUGCCUCACUUUUGCAUGCAGUGGAUCCAAGGUUGGAUUGCUAGCAUGCCAGGUUAGGCUGGGAAUGUUCCCCAUCUGAAAUCCUGGAGAGUUGCUGCCAGUCAGAGCAGACAGUGCAGAGUUUGAUUGACCAGGUGGUCUGACUCAAGCUUCACUAGACAUGUUCUGUAGUCAUUAAAGCAAGCCAAAGUGCACGCUUCUGGAGGGGAAGCGCCUUAGCUCAGUGGCAGAGCAUCUGCUCGGCACGCAAGGGGUCCCAAGUUCAAUCUUGAUGGCAUAUUCAGGAAGUUUUUAAAAAAUGUUUAAUGUUUCAUUAUGUUUUUAUAUAUGUUGGAAGCUGCCCAGAGUGGCUGGGGCAGCCCAGUAAGAUGGGUGGGGUACAAAUAAUAAAAGUAUUUUUAUUAUUAUCAUCAUCUUUGGGUAUGGGUUAGAGAAGCUCUUCGUGAAAUUCUGGAGAGACUUUGCCACUCAAUGUAGGCUAGAUGGACUCCAAUGGUCUGGCUCCACACAAGGCAGUUUCCUUAUGUACCAUUAAGUCUAAAAUUACCUAACUGCACUGCUGAAUACAGCCUCUCUCUCUCUCUCUCUCUCUCUCUCUCUCUCUCCUUCUCUCUCACUUGUAUACAAAUUGAGCAAGCUGCAGCUAAAUGCACACACACGUUGCCCUCUCCAGCACAGACGCUCGUUGCAAACAUACAUCACUGUGCUCAACCCCACGCCAUAGCCUCUCUCUCUCUCCCCCUCUCCUAACACUCGCAGAUUCAUGCACAUGUACGCCAUUAAUGCUCUGAGACAAACACAUGCAAAGAUCAUCCAACGCCACACACACACACACACACACACACACACGUGUGUGAACAUUUCCAGCUCUUCCACAAGCCUUCUCCCACACAGUUCCCUCUACCCAGCCACCCACAUGCAGCUGCCAACCUGGCAGAGCCCACAGUACAGGAAGUUCCCCCCUCUUUCCUCCCACUCCUCCUGUAAUGCCACAGGCCCCAAGGGGACCCAGACGUCCUGGCAUCCUCUCUGCCCUCACCUGCUAGACACAGCCACUUUCCUUCCCAGAGGGUCCCAGGAGCCCAGGGCCCCGGAAUUCCUUACAUCAAGCCUGCAACACCCUAAUUAUUUCAACUGGCUUCAAAUUCCCCCACCUGGUUCCACCCCUCCUCAAGGUGGGGAGAAAACCCAGGGGGUCUGCUCUCAGCGACCACCUAUUCUUUCCUCAUCAACUCACUAAGCUUCACUCUCCACUUGGAGCAAAUCAUUUUAAAAAGAAUUGCCUCUUCCUUUUAAAUUUUUAAAAAAAAUCUAUAUUUUCUCUUCUUUGACAGAAGCUUCUGUUCUGCAAAAAGCAGUCAAAUGGGGAAAGGGUGAUGGGGCCUGGAUCCUGGAUUCCCUGGACAAGGAGUGGAGUGUAAGCAGUUCAGGAUGCAACUGAACCAGCAGCCAGGAGUCUCUUGGUUUAGGUCAGGGUUCCUCAAACAUCUGCGUUUGUUGAUAAUCUUAUAAAAUUGCCACUGACCCCAACCCAAAUUUGCAGGAAUGUAAAUGACAUAAAGUAAAGAAAUAAUCAGUAUUUAGAAAUCACCAGUCACCAUUAUUAGGAAUCAUAACAAGGAAGUAAAUCAAGUGAAUAUUUUAGCAAUAAGCAAUAAAAAGAAGCCUUGCCACAGAAUGCUGUUGUGCUGUGGAAUCCUCUUAUUCAGUGAAGAGAUUCCUCACUGGUAAAGGAACUGCGCUCUGUACAUGCCCAGGACCAUUAUUUCUGAGGUUCAUAGUUCCUAAUUAUUCCCCUGCCCUGCUAAAUGUCUUUCCCCCUGGCCCUUUCAACCUCUAGGUCUUUGCAAAAUGUGAAAGUGCCAUUCUGCCCAAUUGCCUUGUGAGAAACUGGCCCACCCCCACCUUAUAGUGCUUAACCAGCAAUGCAAGUCAUAGCAGUGACUGACAUUUGGGAAAGCCAAAGCUAGCCCAUUAGUCAAAAAGAAGGUUAGAAGUGAUGCACCCCAUCAACUUCAUGGUUCGUUUCCCAAGCUUUUCCCCCACCUUCUUCCCUCUGGUGGAGAGGAGAUUUCUGUUUCAUUUAAAACCAUUCAGAAAUCCAAGAAUUAAUUCAACUGCAGUCUUCACAAAAACGAUAGAAAGAUAGCCACAAGGACAGGAGUUGGCUCCAGGUCUUACUUCAUAACACCCCCCACCCAUAUGGCAACCCCACCCCCAGGUUUGAAAGCAUGUAAAAACUAUCCAUCGUUAUUACACCAUUAUUGCAGAGGGCAGGGCUGAAUGGUACCUGAGUCUGGCACAGUCAGCCUGUAUGUUGCACCCAUUUUGCUGGGUGGGGACAACAACAACAAGGACAGACUUGGAGUAAUGUACAAUAACCUUGCAGUGUAGUCUGGCAUCCGCAUCCUGACAGACUGGGGUUUUAAAGUUUUUUUUCCUCCAGGGAGGGCAUGCUGUGAAGUUGAUUGUACCAGCAGUGUGAUUAAUUGUUGAUUUGUAGCAGCAAUGCAAUUAAUUAAGGGCUGGAGGGAGUGAAGGGAUCCAGAGGAAAAAAACGUAGGGUUGUUGUUUUUCCUCAGCUGCUGGUGGAAAGGACCAAGGUGUAAACCAACUUUGUGUAUCCUUCUGGGGCUCAGGCUUUGGCUACCCCCUUGAUCAGUACGUAUACAAGAAACUAUAGACCUGUUCUCUGACGCUAGUUAUAUAUAAGUGGUAUAUAUGUCCCUCUCACCCACCAGAAAAAUUCCUGCAGAUGCCCUCAUUGCUUGCCUGGUGGAUGAAUGGAGGGUCUCCCCAGGAAAUUUGUGAGAAAGUGGGGGCUUAGGGUGAGAGAGCAAUGUGUGUGUGAGUGGUGUGUGUGUACACGUGCGAGCAUGCGCCUCUGAGUUAAGUGUGCCCAUUUCCCAGGAUGCCUUGCUGGCUGAGCAUUGGGGGUCAUGAAAAUUUGAAGAGCCUGAGAUUAAAAUGUGCCAGGGAAACCCGAUUGCAGUCAAGCGUGGAGGAAGAGAACUGGCAGUCAGCGGUUGGGGGGGGGGGAGAGGACCUGAGCCAGCAAAAGGGCAAGCGUUGUUUGACUGAUGGAGAGAGGAGAGAGCCUGUCAUCUUUUUAGAUUGAGAAGCUUCAGUUUAGGGAGCCCGGCCUUAGAAGAGGAGGGCUUCAACCUAGGACAGGUGAGUGGCUUUGCUAUCCCUAGCCCCCAGGACUUUGCCCACCCUCUUUCCCUCAACUGCUCAUCUUGCCCCUACCCCCCACACUGAGUUGAAUAUUUCAGGCUUUUUGGAGCAGCUGGGACACAUAAGGAGGAAUGGAAUAAAAAUAAACAAUUGCUGCAGUGGAACAGCCUUGAACCUUUAUCCCAUUUGCAACUAGUCACGGGGCAUAUUAUUAUUAUUAUUAUUAUUAUUAUUAUUAUUAUUAGUUUACCGCCCUUCAUCUGAAGAUCAGAGGGUGGUUCACAACAUAAAAUGCAAAAUACAUAAUGAAACAAAAGCAAAACAAACCAAUACCCCCCUCCCACAGGCACAUUUGGAAGGCCAUAGAAUGUUAAUCAGCCAAACAUUUAUCUGGUUGGAGAGAAAUGUUUUCGCUUGGUGCCUAAAGAUAUGUAAUGAAGGCACCAGGCGAGCCUUCUUGGGGAGAGCAUUCCACAAACAGGGAGCCACUGCAUAAAAGGCCAGUUCCUUUGCUUCCACCCUUGUGACUCCUCUUGUGGGGGAGGCACCCAAAGAAGGGCCUCAGGUGAUCAUCACAAGAAGAGGUGGUCUUUGCGGUACUGCAGUCCUGGCCCCAUUUGUGUGUUUUUUUUGGGGGGGUCAGCUUUUAAGGCACCCUAAAAAGCAAACCAACACCAACCAUGUUAAAAAAUGUAGAUAUCUGUCCAGAUGCAAUACCCAGAUACACAAACAGCCUCUUUUACAAGUUCAGGGUCUCAGAGUUCUGUGGGUGUGGUUUUUACAUUCAAAUAAGUUUCUAGCUCUCACGAUGAGUAAAUAAAUCAAUCUUAGUCACGUGUUUGCCUUGUGCAUACCGCAGCUUCAUAAUGUCUUGCUAAGGGUUUCACAGGGAAUUCUUGCUAUCAGUGGCUGUCAGUCAUGGUGGCAAUGUAUAGUGUUCCUAGGAUCAGAAGCAGGGUGCCUUUUGGCGACUGCGAGGGGAUCACGAGGGCUUCUCUGCUCUUCUUAAAUCUUCAGCUGGUCCUCAGCGCAGACACUACCACACCCAUCCUGAUUUCCACAAAUUGCAGAAACGAAACCAUGAAGACUCUUGUUGCACCUUUCUUGAAUUUCAGGCAUACCCCUGAUCAGCUAUGCAAUGAAACUUUUGCUCUGGGAUUCUCUCCCUCCACACACAAACACACCCCUGGCAAUCAAAUUGGAGGACAGCCCAUCCUACAACCCCUAGCCUAGAGCUGGCGAUGAAAUCUAUAUAUAAAAAUUGGAUGCUGUUAUUAAAAGCCUUAGCUAUUUCCUCUCUCUGUAAAUGUAGACCAUAAUAACAAUAAACCCCAUGCUCACCCCCAAAAUUGGUUUCUCCACCCCCUGCCAAUCUUAAAUAUAUUUCUUGAUUUUUUUAAUGCAAGCGGUUGUGCUAUGCAGCCUCAAGUGGAGUUGUUCUGAUGCGUAGAGGCCAAGGAAACACAUUACUUCAAAUAUCCCCUAUGAAUAAACACCCACCCCACAUUCCCACCACUAGGAAUGGGGUGUGGGGUUGAUUGGGGUGGGUGCUAGUCCCACCCCAGAACAUCCUGAACUAUGGCGAAACCCGCGUUGCCACAGUAACCUUCUCCCCCUGAGGCAGAUGCUGUUUCCAUGGCAUUGCCGUGGUUACCGUAGUCAGCAGCGGACAGUGGAGGUGGAGGAAUCAUUCUUUGGGUGGUGGGGAGAGAGGAAAAGAGAAUGAAAGAGGAUGGGGGUGGGAGAGAGAGGUUGGGUGCUUCUUGGGCAUUUUAACACUCCUGGUUUGGGGGGUCAGAAAUACCCUUUUCAGAGCCAGGAGGUAAGCCAGUCUCCUCCUAGAAGCACACUGCCCCCUAAUGUCAAAAUUUGAAAUGGUGAUUUGUGGAUUUUGGAUCUCUUUUCACCAGAUAUCUGGUGACCUCGGUUUCACCCCAGCUCAUCCAGCUAGCUGUCCUUAAAUGCAUAAUUUUAGCCCCUACCUUUUCUGCUGUUAUCUAUGCAUUAAAAUAUACGGAAAUGAAACUGUGAGGGUGAAAUGUGUGUUUGUGUGUGUGGUGUUGGUGGAACUCAAUUUUUCAGUCUGUAAUUCAAAGUGGAUUUGGUUAUCCAUACAGAAAAUGUUCGGGUGCUGCCUGGCUUAUUUGGGGUUUUCAUAUGCUAGCAGGGUGGAAGGAGUUUAAAGGGAUUUUUAAAAAUUCACAGCAAGCUAUUCUGGCUGAGAACAGUCAUGCAAGUUCUUCCGCCAGCAAAACUCAUUCUCCUUCCCUAAGCCGCACUGAAAUGACCCAGGAGUUUUGCCAAACCACAGUGGUGUGGAAGAAAGAGCACAAAUUUAGGGGCAGGGGGAAAAGGUUCAUCUUUCAGCUUAAAACCUUCAAAGAUAACAGCCAUCUUUGGGGUGUGGUUUCAAAGACUCACCAAGGGCUUCUGCUGUCUGCAAGCCAAGCAAAAGGCAGGUUGAGGGUUUUGGGAGCUUCGGCCUCCACCCUCAAUUUGCUACCUAUGGCCUCUCCUACCUGUGUGAAACAGCCCCACAACCACAUUUAGGGACCAUAUUGCUUUGGGGACAGUUGUCCAUAUCAUUCUUUUCUGUCUGUUUCUCUUCCUAGGCCAACUCCCCACCGGUAAUUGUCAACACAGAUACCUUAGAAGCACCAGCUUAUGUGAGUUACUGGAUGAAUUCUUCCUUUUCUUUCCCCCUCCCCACAACCUUUCACACUUUUAACAUAUUCCAAAACACCCCCCUCCCUAUUUUGUUCGUUUCUUCUUCUUUUUUUGCAUUGCUGCAUUAACACAAUUCCUCUCUGUCCCCUCUCUUUCAGGUAAAUGGAACGGAAGGAGAAAUGGAAUACGAAGAAAUAACUCUAGAGCGGGUAAUUCUUAUAGACAUCGUUGAUUCUGGGUGGGUGGGGAUUUUUUUACUUAGGCCAGGGAACCUAGACGGUCACUUUUUCCAGGAAGGAUUUGAUCGCUUAACAACAAAUCCACAGUUACAGUUGAUUGGGAGGUCUUGUGCAACAAACCUGCUCCCCCCCCCCCCCAAAGAUCAGACUUUUUUGCAAUUAAUGGAAGUGAUGGGGAAAAGCACCGGAAAGUGUGGGUGAUGCUUGCUUUGAUGCAGCGUCAUCUAACCUCCCCUCAAAGAAAUUGGAGUGAAUGUUUGUUAAAUAACCAGCAUCAUCUAAGGUGCAUUCAGAUGUGGGGAAUAUUGUGUUAGUUUUCCUGAUUAUAAUGCUAGUGCUUCCAUCCUGUUUUCUAAUAUUCCGUUUUAUGCUGCAGUCCCUGUUGUGUUAUGGGACUGUGGCUUUUUGACCAAGGUACCGACAUGCCGCGCUAAAUUUCAUUCACACCAAGGAACGUCAUUAGGCAACAUCGCUGCUCCCCCACCCUUUCCGCACAUGUCUGCUUCUCUUCUCUCCAUGAUUACCCCAUGAAAACAGCAGGAAAGAACCAUAUGCCAGUGUACCUACCAUAUGCCACCCCAAAUUUCACUACUUUACUCCUGCCACUUUCUGGGUUAAGUGGGCUGCAAACUGUGGGGUUUUUUUUCUGGAAUCAGAUAACAUGGAAAUCAGCAUUAAAUGUGGAAUUAUAUUCUGUCGGUUUUCUAGAAAUGACUCUUACGUUAUGUGGAACCUCAAAUAUAAUGCAGCAAUUAACACAUAGAGAAACAUCAGGGAAAUUGAAUAACCUAUGUGAUUGCAGCCUUAAUCAGGAUGAAUGAACAAUAAACAGGUUAUUUGGAAGUUACUCCAGAGUGGGAAGAGUAUGUAUUUUUUAAAAUGGGGGUCCCAAGCCUUUGUUCAUGCUCUAAUUAAAUUCUGGCCUCUUCCUUUGGGUGGGGCAUGACUUUUUCCUCCAGGGUAACUCCGGUUUGGGAUUCAGCAUCGCCGGUGGUACUGACAACCCCCAUGUUGGCGAUGACCCCAGCAUCUUCAUCACUAAGAUCAUCCCUGGUGGGGCAGCAGCACAAGAUGGCAGGCUAAGGUACCAAUGGCUUUGGGGAAAGCUUUUUUUGUAGGGAGGAUGCUGACUGGGCUGGAGACAGUGAGUCUUUUUCUAAGGCACUUCCAGAUGGCUGUUAGUCCCACGUGGGAUUCAUCUCAGCAAUUUCAGGCUGCACGGGGAAAGUGGGCUUGUCCUCUUUUGCAGCAAACUUGCUUUCCCCCAUAAGGAAAGUGAAGGAGAGAUGCAUUGGAAAUUGUGGGAUAACGCUUGCUCUGAUGCAAAUGAAAAUGAAUGCCCAUUAAAUAGCCCACAUUGCCCAUAAACUCCCUGCAAAAGCAAAUCAGGAUGAAUGCUCCAUAAGCUGGUCCUAUGGGAGUUUGGGAAAGGGCUCAGAGAUCAUAGAACAUCUGCAAAAGGUCCCAGUUUCAAUCCCCUGGUAUUAUAAAUAAGUAAUUAAAUUUGUAUACCACCCUUUAUCUGUAGAUCUCAGGGUGGUUCACAGCAUAAAUGGCAUCUCCAAGGGGAGCUGGGAGAGAACGCAGCCUGAAAUCCUGGCGAGCCACUCUGUCAGUGUGAACAAUACUGAAUUAGAUGGACCAUUUGUCUGGUUCAAUAUAAGGCAGCUUUCUGUAUUCCUAUGUUUUGAAGAAAGGGACACAGCUCAGGGAUCGAGCACCUGCUUUGCAUGCAGAAGGUCCCAGGUUCAGUCACCAAGGGCAUCUCCUGGUAGGGCUGGGAGAGACUUGUGCCUGAAAUUUUGGAGAGCCACUGUUGCCUGUCUGCGUGGGGAAUAUUGAUUUGACACAGUACAAGGUAGCAUCCUAUGUUCCUUCAUUGGCUCAGUCAAUACAAAGGUGUCUUCAGCCCCUUAUGUGCCUGCAGGGGCUUCUGUUGGAACAGUUUCUUUGCCGUGUAGAAGGUUCUGAGGUUCAGUCCUUAUCAUCUCACAUUUCAAAAAAGAAAAGGGGAUGAGGAUCAACGAGCCAGUUUCAAGAGAGGGGGUGGGUGAAUUGUUUGUCUGGUUAUCAAUGAGAUCUCAUAAGACUUUUGUCCAGAACCUUUUACCCUGGGGCAGUGCCCCCACAUGUUUCAGUAGGUCUCAGUAUCUUGGCGCUAAACGUGUCUUUCUGAUCCGGCUGUGACACAGGGUGAACGACAGCAUCCUCUUCGUCAAUGAUGUGGACGUGCGGGAGGUAACGCACAGCACGGCUGUUGAGGCCCUGAAGGAGGCCGGCUCCAUUGUGCGUCUGUAUGUCAUGCGCAGGAAGCCCCUGGCCGAGAAGGUCAUGGAGAUCAAGCUGAUCAAAGGCCCCAAAGGUGAGGGAACCUAGCUCUGCCUCCCCCCCCCGACAACUCCUUAAAGAGCACCCAACCCUUCAGGUGCAUGAGAAGGGACUGCAGAAAGCUGUUUUGCAGAGGCUUUUCCCCUUAGAAGCAUCCUCCCUCCUUAUUUCAGGGGAAGAGCCAUAAUCCUGAAUCAACGAUGGGCAACCUAUUAUUAUUAUUAUUAUUAUUAUUAUUAUUAUUAUUAUUAUCUUUAUUAAUUUAAAUUUCUAUACCGCCUUUCAUCUGAGGAUCACAGGGCAGUUUACAAUAUAAAAACACAAAAAUGCAUAACUUAGUAACACACAAAAACAAUAAGCCGCCCGCUGCAGUUUUAAAGGCCAUAGAUUGUUUCAUUAGCCAAAGGUCUGGGAGAAGAGGAAUAUUACAUAAAGAUAUGUAACGAAGGUGCUAGGCGAGCCUCCCUGGGGAGAUCAUCCCACAAAUGGGGAGCCACUACAGAAAAGAUCCGUUCUUGUGUUGCCGCCCUCCAGACCUUUCGUGGAGGAAACACACUAAGAACAGCCUCAGAAGGUGAUUACAGGGUCCAGGUUAGUUCAUUUAUUUAUUUAUCAAAUAUCUAUACCACCUUUGUGGACUAAGCAGCACUUUAUCCUGGUUGAAAGCAGUAGUAGGUGGGGCCAGACACACACACACACACACACACACACACACACACACACAGAGCUAUUUCCUGUGGAAACAGAGACCAAUAUUCAGUUGUAUCCAGUUCAAGUCCUACUUAGAGUAGACCCAUUGAGAUUAAUGAAACUAGUGUAGUCAUGCUCAUUAAUUUCAGUGGGUCUGCUCUGAGUAGGACUAGCAUUGGAUACAACCCUAAAUAACUUAAUUCCAGUUUCACUUCCCAUUUUCUCCGUGGACUUUUAAAAGUUUGUUUAAAAACAAGCACUCCUUAUUUUUCUUGACUGUGCAAAAGGCAAAAAGAGCUUAGUAAACCACAGGAGCAUAAUGCAAAUAAAAUCCAUGCUCAGCCGAACUGCAAGCUCUGCUUUUCAAGUAUUCAAAGCCUCCAACUUCAAAAUGGAAUUGCAUCCAAAAUUGGAUGUACGCAGUUGCAAAAUGCAUGGACAUUGUUUGCAUAUCUGCAAGGAACUCAAGCCUGGCGGGGGAAUAAAUUCUCCCACUUCAUCCCCCUCUUGGGGAUGAAUUGCCGCACGUGAAUGGACAUCUAGCUUCCCCCAUUCCAUGCAGCCUGAUGCCCUCCAGAUAUUUUGUACUACAACUCCCAUUCAGCUGGAGGAGACUGCUCUAGGAAAACUGGAAACAACCUACUAUGGAGAAUUCCACCUUGUCUCAAUGACUCUGUCCCCUUGCACUGUGGAGAAUUAUCAUCUUUCUAAAAAGGCUCCUCCCAUGGGGGAGUAAACCUCACCCUCUUCAAAAGUCUCCGCCUCUGCUGAUGCCACUUUCUUCCUUACCUGUUGAUUUUCUUCUUCUUUUAUUCUUUCUCUUCCCACCUUCCUUCCUUCCCCACAGGUCUCGGCUUCAGCAUUGCAGGUGGCGUUGGCAACCAGCACAUCCCCGGCGACAAUAGUAUCUACGUCACCAAAAUCAUAGAGGGGGGUGCAGCCCACAAGGAUGGGCGCCUGCAGAUUGGGGACAAGAUCCUGGCGGUAAGGAUAGGUGGAGAAGGCCUGAUGCCAGAGAGCAGCUGGGCCUCUUGGUCUGGUCCAUACCCAGACUUCAGGGAAGGGAAGAAGGGGAGGGAAAUCUGGGAGACCAGCGUUCAAAUCCCCGCUCAGUCAUAAAGCUUGCUGGGUGACCUUGGGCCAGUCACAGUCUCCUCUCAGCCUAAUCUACUGCACAGGGUUGUCGUAAGGAUAAAAUGGAAAGAGGGGAGAACCAUGUACACCACGUUGAGCUACUUGGAGGAAGGUGGGAUUUAAAUGGAAUAAAUGGAAUAAAUAGCAAAAAUAAUUUAAGUGGACUGAGUGGUUCCCUGGGUUUUUUCUGAGGGUAAACAGAAAAUAAGGGGAGGGAGGGGGGUCUCGCAAGAACUCCAACCCCCAAAAGUGAAAAACACAACAGGGAUGGCCAGUGGUUUUAAGUAUUUAAGUGGGGUUCAGCCUUGGGGCUUGUCAAAAGGGGCCUAAAAUAUUAGACUGUUGAAAAUGGUAUACAAUGCAAAACAAACUACCUCUCUGCACAAAUCUGGGUAAUUUGAUUUGUUAGCUCUGGAAACCCACAGAAUUCAUUGAAGACCAAAACCUCGGUAAGCUGGAUGGCCAUUUUGUGGCUCAUUCCCAGCUGUCCUGUGUCUUGGGUUUCUUUUGUCCUGUGAAUGUUUGACUGCCCCAAUUCCGCAUCUCACAGAAAUACUUAAUUCUCUUCUUGUAGUGUCUAUUUUUAUUUAUUUUUACCAACCUAAGUAAAAAGGGCUGCUCCGCCUUAUCCCAUUGGAGUCAUGAAGGUGUUAUUUUUCCUCGGCCUAAACCUCUGCACAAUACCCCACACUAGUAACUGGAGACUGGGUGUUGGGUGGGUAGGUUGAUUUUUGGGAGAGGAGACGUGCAGUGAAUAAAGCAGCCUUUGCUAAUCUGGUCCCUUCCAGAUGUUCUGGACUACAGCUCCAAGUCUGGGGCUGAUGGGAGUUGCAGUCCAAAACAUCUGGAGGGCACCAGUUUGGCAAAGGCAGAUGCAAGGCAUGUGAUCAGCCGGACCUUGUGCAGGUUUGGAAGCAGAGAACUUCCCCAGAUCACUGAGCACCACUCCAGCCUGCAACUAGGAAUCAGAGGACUGAAAGCCCACCCUUCUCCUUGAAAUGCUACUUUUCUAUAAGCAGGGAUUAUUGUUACAUAUGCUUUCCCAUGCCCACACCUUGCCAGGUAAACAAUGUGAGCCUUGAAGAUGUUAUGCACGAAGAUGCCGUUGCAGCCCUGAAGAACACAUAUGAUGUUGUGUACUUGAAGGUGGCCAAACCCACAAAUGUUUACCUGAAUGAUUCCUACGCCCCGCCUGACAUCACUUCCUGUGAGUGGUUUCCUGUUCUCCCUACUGUGUCUUGUGUUUGGCUGUCUUGUGGAGAACCGGUUGAAAGGGAGUGUCAAUUCAGACACUGUCUGGGACACAACUGGAUUUGAUGGUGGAAGAUUAUCCUAAACUGAAGAUGCUUGAAAAACUGUAGAUUUUUGUGUUCCACACAUUUCACAUUUUUAUUGCUGCAUUUGCAGUUAUAAAUACUGCUGGAUUUUGGGUGAUUUAGAAAGUUAGCAAAGUGUUUAACAUACCAUGUUAAUAAUAGCGGGACACGAUCUGUUGUUGUCCAGCCUGAUUUAAGAGCAUUUCUCAAUGUUGCGUUCAUAACUGGUUUCACUGCCUUCCACUGUGCUGUGCUGUUAAAGCUUUUAUCGUUAUCUUUUUUCAUGCAUUCUGACAGCCUAUUCCCAGCAUCUCGACAAUGAAAUUGGUCACCAGAGCUACCUGGGCACAGACUAUCCACAAGCCAUGACCCCCACCUCCCCUCGGAGGUACUCCCCCAUCCCUAAGGAGCUGAUGGGUGAGGAGGAUAUACCCAGGUAAGCUGUGCCCUUUCUGGCUCCUCCCUCUUGGUGUGGCUGUUCUGGUUUCCCAUAGCACCACCAAGCAGCAGUUGCUGUCCGUGGUCCUGAAGAGUUUCUCUCUGUUGCCCAGUAUAAAGCUGCACCCUUCUUCCCCCAUCACCUUGUGUGCAUCUCAUCCAUCCUAUAUCCAGCUACUCAAGGCUGCCAGAGUUGUGAAUAUUUUGGCACAGGGUGGUAAUGCAGCCAGAUGCGGGUGGCGCUGUGGGUUAAACCACAGAGCCUAGGGCUUGCCGAUCAGAAGGUCGGCGGUUCGAAUCCCCGCGAUGGAGUGAGCUUCCAUUGCUCGGUCCCUGCUCCUGCCAACCUAGCAGUUUGAAAGCACGUCAAAGUGCAAGUAGAUAAAUAGGUACCGCUCCGACAGGAAGGGAAACGGCAUUUCCGUGCGCUGCUCUGGUUCGCCAGAAGCGGCUUAGUCCUGCUGGCCACAUGACCCGGAAGCUGUACGGUGGCUCCCUCGGCCAAUAAAGCGAGAUGAGCGCGCAACCCCAGAGUCGGUCACGACUGGACCUAAUGGUCAGGGGUCCCUUUACCUUUACCUUACCUAGUAAUGCAGCCAGCCCCCAACUUCCUCUUUCCUGUGGGGGUUGUGUAGGUCACAGUCCUGUCGGGCAUUUGGAGUUCGUGGCUCGUUGCUGCCUGCCGCUGCAUCCGCAGUCAGCAAGCUGCUUCCAGCUUCCUCCUGUUUCUCUCCUUCCUUCUGCAGGGAACCGCGCCGCAUUGUCAUUCACCGUGGCUCAACAGGGCUGGGCUUCAACAUUGUUGGGGGUGAAGAUGGCGAGGGAAUCUUCAUCUCUUUCAUCCUGGCUGGGGGGCCGGCCGACCUCAGUGGGGAGCUCCGGAAAGGGGACCAGAUCCUCUCGGUAAGAACCGUUCCUUAUCCCUGCAUUGGCAGGUGCCUGGUUGGAAGAGGCAAUCGGUUGGUACCCUACGAUUAAACCUAAAUGAUGCUCACCUCCCUUCAUAAGAAUUAAGAUUAGCCCUGCUGGAUCAGAUCAAAGGCCCAUCUAGUCCCGUUUCCCAUAAUGGACAAUCGGGUGCCCCAAAGGGAAGUCCCUAACCAGGCCAUGAGCGCAGUACCCAUCCCCUUCUCACAACCCCAAGCAAAUGGUUAUUCAGAGACCAGCUCCCUCUCAUCCUGGAUGCAGCUCAUUGCCACCCUGGUUAGUAGCUGUUGAUAGAAUCAGAGAUCUGUAGUGUUGGAAGGGACCACGAGGGUCGUUUAGUCCAGCCUCCUAUAAUGCAGGAAUCUUUUGCCCUUCGUGGGGCUCUAACCCACGACCUUGAGGUUAAGAGUCUCAUCCUCUGCCAACUGAGUUAUCCCAGGGUUUUCUUCCUCCAUGAAUUUGUCUUCUAAAGCAAUCUCUACAUCUUGUGGUAGCAGAAGCCAGAGUUUUAACUCUGUGCUCUAUGGAGACAUCUUUCCUUUUGUCUGUCUUGAAUCAUCCAACGUUCAACUUUGUUUUAUGAUCCUGCUGGGUUCCUGUAUUACAAAAGGGAAAAAUUUCUCUCUGUCCACUUUGGUCCCCUCUGGACUUCCUUUUUAUUCUGCAUUCAUGAUUAUUUGUGCUCAUGAUUGUAUUGGGGUGAUUUUUAUACUCAAUCCCACUUUCAGCAUGGUAUGCUCCUGCAAAUAUUUUGGCGUGGACAUGCUGCUUUCUUUCUAAUUAGUUCAUGUUCCAUAACUUCCUCCUGAAAUUCUGUAUAUUUUUAUACCACAAAUGUUCUGGUUUUUUUUGUUUUUUUUGUCCCAUGUUUGGUCAUGUUCACACCAUACAUUGAAAGCACCAUGAUACCACAGUGAUAGCGUCCCCCAAAGAAUUGUGGGAGCUGUAGUUUGUUAAGGGUGCUGAGAGUUGUUAGGAGGCCCCUAUACCCCUUGCAGAACUACAAUUCCCAGAGAUGUGGUUGUUAAAGCACACUAGAGGUAAAGCACUCCAGAUAGCAGUAAUAAAGUGGAAUGAUGUGUUGGUAGCCUGCUAUAAAUCCACUGCUAAUUCUCUAUUAUCACAGCCAUGACUUGUUGCAGGAGCUCCACCCCCCGCAAAAAGCUACCACCAGCCUGAAGGGACUUCUUUCCCACACUCUGAAUAAUGUCAUACACCUCUAUUAUGUUCCCUCCUUUACUUUCCUCUUUUUCUAAGGCAAAUAGCCUCAGAUGUUGUCAUCUCACAGGAGAGUUGGCCCAGCCUCUUGAACAUUUUGGUUGCCUUUUCCUUCCCAGGUCAACGGUGUGGACCUCAGGAAUGCCACACAUGAACAAGCAGCCAUUGCUCUGAAAAACGCCGGCCAAACGGUCACCAUCAUUGCUCAGUACAAACCGGAUGGUGAGUUCUGUUCUGCAGAAGCCCCUCCUGAGUGGGAAGAGAUUUGUGUGUGUGUGAACUGCCUGGGAAAUGGUCCUGUCGCUGCCAAGUGGGGUGGGGCAGUGGUGCCUGUUAUCCAAGGAGCAAUAUAAGGGGCGAUGAGGAUGUCCUAGGGGAGAAUCCUCAGCAUUUUCACCUUCAGGGAUGAAUGAAUGGAGAGGUUGCAAGGUUGCAAGGAAAGGUGGUCAAGGAACCACAUGAGAGACGAUUGGUGCCUGUUGAUGGGAAAAUGGAAAGACAGGAGGGUGGGAAGUUGGGUUGGCUGGUUGCAGGCACAUGUAGGGCAAGGCCAUGUGUGUCCAAGGGAGGGGGCAGUCUGUAGGUAGAUGGGUAGGAUUCAAUGGGGUUGAGAAGACUAAAGAGGUGCUGGAAGUUGCAUGGCCCAGGUGAGCCCAAGAUGGUUGAGGUGAGAGGGAAACUGCAAUGGGGUCUGUUCAGAGGUUUGUGGGGGGGCUGGGGCCACAUUCACACUGUGCAUUUAAAGCGGUAUCAUGCCACUUUUAAGUUGUCAUGGCUUCCUUCACCCACCAAAGAACCCUGGGAGCUGUAGUUUGUUAUGGGUGCUAAAAGGUGUUUGGGAGACCUUGGGAAGAGAGAGGGAUUGUAUAACCCCUCUGGCAACUGUAGCUCUUUGAGGGGAAUGGAUGGGGUGUCUCCUAACUAUUUUUAGCACCCUUAACAAAUCACAGCUGCCAGAAUUCUUUGGGAGAAGCAAUGAUUGCUUAAAGAGGUAUCAUAGUGCUUUAAAUUGAUGGUUUGAUCUGUGGAGACUGGUGGAAGGUUUGGAAGACUGGGUUGUGGAGUCGGGUGGGCAUGUGGGCAGUUGUGUAGCCGAAUGAACUAGAUGAUUCUGUGAGGGAAGUUGAGUCAUACUGACCCUGACCCUGUCUGUAACCACCCACUGCAGAGUACAGCCGCUUUGAGGCCAAGAUCCAUGACCUCCGGGAGCAGCUGAUGAACAGCAGCUUGGGCUCAGGGACAGCAUCGCUGCGGAGCAACCCCAAGAGGGGUUUCUACAUCCGGUGAGAUCACAGCUGCCUUCUCCUCAAUACCUUGGCCAUCCCCCGCCCCCUGUUCCUGAAUUACUACUAGAUUUUAGCAUCUGAGCUCCACCAGAAUCCAUAAUACUGCAGGUCCCUUUGAGUUUGAUCUAUGGGGGCUGGGUUCAAAAGACAUUUUCUUCCUUGGGCUCACUUUCUCCCACCUGCAAAAUGGGAGCAUGUCAGGGUUGUCUUACGGCUGGAUAAGAAUGAUAAAGGGCUCUGUUCAGCUAGAGUUCCAUAUAAGCAAUUAUGAAUUAUGAUAACCUCUUUCCUUUGAAACAGAGAGGCAUUUUAACUAAAACCAUCCGUUUUAUGUUGUUUCUGAGUCUGACACCUAUAACCAGACUUAGUGUCUCUUUAUGUCCAGGGUUGGAAAAUAGUAUAGCCCUGCUGAUGUUGCUGGACUACAACUCCCAUCUUUCCUGAACCUGGUCUGUGCUGAUGGGAGUUGGAGUCUUCCAACAACUUCUGAGUGACCACAGAUUAGCCCUCCCUAAAGUAAGUACUGCAAAUAUCCCCAGGCCAUCCAAGCAAUUCUGUCAAUGCAGAAAAUGUUCCCUUUCAGAAUUUACAUACCGUGUUCCCUCUGGAUCAGCUGUUGCCCACCCUUUUGGACUAGUGGGCACAUUUCGAAUUUUGGGAGAGUGCUGGGGGUGCCAAUCACAAAGUGCUUCCAGGGGGUAUGACAUAACACAAAAUGGCUGCCAUUGAGAACGUGGCAUAAUGCAGAAUUAGAGAGACAACAACCACCCCAGACAACCUUAUGCAGGAAUCAGCUAUGUCCUGAUUGUCGACACUUAAAACAAUAUAAUACCUCUUUAAACCCUCAUGGUUUGCCCCAAAGCAUCCUGGGAAGUGCGGUUUGUUAAAGGUGGUAAGGGAUGUAAGGAGACCCCCAUUCUCCUCCAAUAGCAGCAAUUCCCAGAGUUCCCCAUGAAGAGAGACUGACUGUCAAACCACUUUGAAUCUGAAGAGGGGGGUAGGUGGGGAAUCUCCUAACAAUUCUCACCAGCCUCAAAGAACCAAAGCGCUCAUAAUUUGUCGAGGACUGCCAUGACUGUUUAAAGUAGCUUUAGACUGCAUUAAAUGCAUGGUAUAAAUGUGACCCCAGCCCAGAAGGCUCUGGCUGCACCUGCUGUUGGGUCUCCCUGCCUUCUGCCCCACCAUUUCCAAUGGGCACCAGCUCCCACUGCUCCUGUGUUCACCCUCGGCCAACCUCCUCUCCCUCCCCACUCCCAGGGCGCUCUUUGACUAUGAUAAGACCAAGGACUGCGGUUUCCUGAGCCAAGCGCUGAGCUUCCAUUUUGGCGACGUCCUGCACGUGAUCGACGCUUCCGACGAAGAGUGGUGGCAGGCACGGCGCGUCCAUCCAGAUGGUGACAGCGAUGAGAUUGGCUUCAUCCCCAGCAAAAGGCGGUAUGUGUGAAGGGGUCUUGGCAACUGGGGGUGGGAUCAGAGGGAAGCUGUUUGUGUCACUGCCCUAAGCCUCCGCCCUCUGUUUGUCUCUCUCUCUCGCAGGGUCGAGCGACGGGAAUGGACACGGCUAAAAGCAAAGGUAACUCACGCUCCAUCCCUCUCUUGUUUGUGGAAGAUGAAAAAAGGCACUCUUGUGUGCGUGUGUGAAAGACGGAGAACUUCAUCCUGAUGAAAAAGGUUCCCACUUGCACCCCAGUGUGCAAGUAUGCUUCGCCUUCUCACACACGCAGCGGGCGCCAUUUGAACACAAGGCAGAUCCCCACAUGCAGGGAACUGGACCUGCCGAUCAACUCGCUUGUCUCCAUCCCUAGCCUCUAGGCCAGCCUUCCACAAUUUCUCACCCUCCGCCAUGGGCAUAGCCAGGAUUUUUGUUAGAGGGGGAGUAGAACCUCAGAUUUGUAUUGAUUUGUAUUGAUUUAGGAGGGGCAGCUAACCCCUGCCCCCCACCCGCUACGCCCAUGCCUUACACAUAUUUUGGAGUACAGCUCCCAUUUUAGCCCCACCAUCCUACGGCUGCACUGGCUGUUCAGGAUGGAAGUUGUAAUCCAAAGCAGCUGGAAGGUUCCAGGUUAGAGAAGACUGGGCUAACCAAAUUCCCUUCCCCUCCCACUGUUGUACCCAAAUGACUGCCAUUCAGAAGAGUGGUGUGUGUUUUGCCUGGAGAAGAGUGGAUUAAGAGGCGUCAUGAUGACCACACGUUUGAGGGGCACAUCUUGGAAGGAUCAUAGCUCAGGAGUGGAGAAUCUGCUUUGCCUGCAAAAGGUGCCAGGUUCAGGCCCCGAUAGCAUCUCCAGGUAGGGCCUGAGAAUGCCCUUGGCCUGAAAUGCUGGAGGGCCUCUGCCAGUCAGUGUGGACAAUGCUGAGCUAGAUGGACCAGCGGUCAGAUUCAGUAGAAAUCUUUUUUCCACGCAUCUUUUUCUAUGGCUCCAGAUUGUAGGACCUGAAUCAGCCUCUUAGGAAAGGGAUUUUGGCUAAACAUUGGGCAGAACUUCCUGGCUAUAUGACUGGUUUGACAGUGAAACAGACUGCCUCACAAGGUGGCAGACUCUCCUUUGUGAAGAAGUUUUCAAAGAGAGGCUCGAGUAGAGAGGUUGGGCUAGAUGACCCUCGAGGACCCUCCCAACUCUGUGAUCCUGCAGGAAGUACGUUUCCUCCAUCAAUUGGUUUAAUCCAGUUUUCAAGCUAUCCAAUUUGGGGGCCGUGGAUGCCUCUUUUAGGAGCGGAUCCCAUAAGCAAGUUAAGGCAUAGUGUGAGGGACGUGUUUCUUUUUCUUUGUCCUGAAUCUGCUGCCAGUCUCUUCAGAUAACCUUGAGCUCCAUUGUGGGGUUCCUGUGUUUGUGUGUUACAUAACAAAAAUAGAGAUUCAGCACUUGCAUGAAUUAUGGAAAUGAAAUAGUUAUUUCAAUAUCCCCCUGCUUCUCAGCCCCCCCCCCAAAGCUCCCAGGGCAGCUUACAAAUGCCAUUUGUUUAUUUCGUCUAAGUUACAAGGGCCUUGCUUUCCCACUCCUGUUCAUCCUGGGGAUGGUCCCCAGAGUCAAUGUGAGCUACUUUUGUAGUGUUUGUUCUGACCCUAAAAUUUCCUGGCAUCCCUCUGGAGCCUGAGAUAAGAGUCCCACACCAUCUCCCUGUUUGGUAACUCUUGCAUUUAAACACAGGGGUGGGGGUGCUUCUGCUGGUGCCCCCCAUACUGACAGAAAUUCCAAGACUAAUUGGUUCUUCCCACUGUCUCUUCUUUCUUUCUUUCUUUCUUUCUUUCUUUCUUUCUUUCUUUCUUUCUUUCUUUCUUUCUUUCUUCUCCUUCCAGGAUCGGGUGCCGGGAUCAGGCUCUCAAGGUGGGUGUCUGUCUCUUGGCUGCCCAUCCCCAACUUGGGUCCCUUGGAUGUUUUGCCCUACUACUUCCAUUGGUCCCUAGCACCAUCAUCUGCCCAUACUGACUGGGGACUGAUGGGAAUUGUAGUCCAAAACAGCUGCAGGGCACCAGGUUGAGGAAGGAUGCUUCAGGCCUUCCUCUUCACUCUCCCCCCCCCCCAACCUGUCCUUUGAGAAAUAUUUCCAUGCUUUGAAAUCCACAAGAGUGGGAGCUUUCCCCCCCUUUCCUUUCUCCCUUCUCUCUCCACACCAUUUUAUUUAUUUCUGCUUUUAUAUAUCCUACCUUUCCUCCAAGGAACUUGAAGUGACAUGUGCAGUUCUUCCCCCUUUCCCAUAUGAUCCUCACAACAACCCUGUGAGGUAGAUUUGACUGAGAGACAGUGAGUGGCCCAAGGUCACCCAGUCAGCUUCAUGGCCGAGGGGAUUUCAACCAUGGUUCUCCUAGGUCUUAAACUGACACUCUACGCCACACUGCCUCUAAACUUUCCCCUAGUUCCCUGUUGCUCUAGAGCAGCCUUCCCAAACCUGACACCCUCCAGAUGGGUUUGGCCUACAAUUCCUAUCAGCCCCCAACAUCAUUUGGCUGUGCUGGCUGGGGUCUGCUGAAAAUUGAACCCCAAACAUUUGGAGGGCACAGUUUGGGGAAGGCCCUUUGUAGUUUGCUGUUUUCCCUGUUAAGGAGCAGUUGUUCUGGGGCUUGGGUUGAACAGGUUGUACUUAACAGCCUCCUUCUUUCCCUUCCAGGUCGAGAAGAUGCUGUCUUGAGCUAUGAAACUGUUGUACAAAUGGAAGGUGAGAACCCUAACCCUUCCCUUCCUCAGCCCUGAAUUACGUUAUUAUUAUUGAUGUUGUUGUUGUUUGUACAAUGAGGAAGGCUCAGAAGCUCACCCAUUGCUUUGUGGUUGGUUGUAACCAACUGAUUGUUUCAAUUUCCCUUUUUUGAGUUGUGUUCUCCACUAGCACAGACCAUUUCCCAUUUCUUUGGGUUUUUCCACCCCUAGUUCACUACGCUCGACCCAUCAUUAUCCUGGGCCCCACUAAGGACCGAGUCAACGAUGACCUCCUCUCGGAGUUCCCUGACAAAUUUGGCUCCUGUGUCCCACGUGAGUCUGACGGGGUCCCUAUCCCUGCCCCAAGAUAAAAUUAUGGGGGGGGGGGGGGAAGGAUUUCUGCUUCAGGAGGAAGCCUUGGCUUGGGCUACUCUUGCUCCCCUGUGCUUGACGGAGACUCCCCACUCCCGCUUCUGCAGACACCACUCGGCCGAAACGGGAGUACGAAGUGGAUGGGCGGGACUACCAUUUUGUUGCCUCACGGGAGAAGAUGGAGAAGGACAUUCAGAGCCACAAGUUCAUUGAGGCCGGGCAGUACAACAGCCACCUGUACGGGACGAGCGUCCAGUCAGUGCGCGAGGUGGCUGAGCAGGUAGGCUGAAAUGCAGAGUCGAAGAAUCAAACAAAUGCCAGAGUUUCUGAGAAAUCAUUCCGUGGUAGAGCACCUGCAUUGCAUGCAGAAUGUCCAAAGUUCAGUCCCCAGCAGGGACUGUGAGAGACUCCUACCUGAUACUGAGGAAAGCAACUCAGCAUAGACAAUAUUGAACUAGAUAGACCAUUGACUGAGUAGGCAACUUCCUGGGUCUUCCUCCCCCUCACAGAAAGGUUUGGACAAAGCAAGCAGGGAGAGGUUACAAAAACUCAAGAGUCCAUUGAUAUUUAGAUGCUCUCCAGCAGCACGCAGCCAGGGUCUUGCUCAGUGCUAACGCACCAGACUCAAAUUAUCCCCUUCCCCUGUUUGACUGGGUCUCUGGGGGCUGGUUGUUAUGGGGGGGAGGGUAGCAGAGGAUCCCUGAAGGCUGACAUCCACAAUAUGCUGUGUAUAUCCCCUCAAUUGUGUAUGGGCAGGGCAGGGGACAGAAUAGGCGAUUGUCCUGCCAGUGGAGUGGAAAUUUUUGGCAGGCGGAAGCGAUUGGGGAGGCCAUGGGUUAGCUGUGGCUUUGCGUGACCAGUGGAAGUGGAAUACAAAUUGGUGUUGAAACCUCUUGACCACAUUUCUCUCUCCCCGCCCAGGGCAAGCACUGCAUUUUGGACGUUUCGGCCAAUGCCGUGCGGAGGCUGCAGGCAGCUCAACUUCACCCCAUCGCCGUUUUUAUCCGGCCACGCUCCCUCGAGAAUGUUCUGUGAGUGGCCCCCCGGGGUGGACAGGGGCUGUGGAAUGGGGGGCGGGGGCAGGAGGGUGUCCACACGUCACUUGUCCCACACCUAGGAUGCACGAGGGGGCUGAGAGGUUUUCUGCUUGCCCCUGUGCUUCCUGGGUACGGGUGCUCCGAGCAGUUUUCCAUUUGCCCCGCUGCUUUCACCAAGGAAACCCCACUCUUGACCACUGAAUCAGAGACAACAUUAAUCUGUGGAAAACCCGAUAGAGUUUUGUUCCAACUCAAUGGUAAAAAGCAGGUUUUCCCAGGGAAAAGUGGUGUGACAAGCAGAAGUGGUGGAUGAGCCCUCUGUUGCCAUCUUUGCCUUGGUUUUUUGGUCUGCAAGGGCCAGAAGGGUGUAAGAUAUUGCACAAAGGUUGGAGUGUGCAAGGGGAUGGGAUGUGGCCUGAGAUCAGCCAAAGCUUUCAUUUAUCAUUCACCAUUUAUUUACUUAAGGCAUUUAUUGUAUUUUCCGGCGUAUAAGACGACUGGACGUAUAAGAUGACCCCCCAACUUUUCCAGUUAAAAUAUAGAGUUUGGGAUAUACUCGCCGUAUAAGACUACCCCUCUUCCAAUGCACACCAAAUAAAAAUUAAAAAACCAGUCUCCAGUCCGGCUCGGAAAUCCGCUCCACUUCCCAAUGGCCAGGGGCUCCUGGGGCCAAUUUUCAAGCGUAUUUCUGCUUCAUCUAGAGAGCUUGGUAAUUUAAUUUGCUGUCGUUUUAUCCUUUGGUAGGGAGUUGCUGCAGGAGUUGCUGCUGUAGUCAGCGUAUAAGACGACCCCCGACUUUUGAGAAGAUUUUCCUGGGUUAAAAAGUAGUCUUAUACGCCAGAAAAUACAGUAUAUGCUGAUUAACCAUGAAGCUCGCUGGGUGACCCUGGGUCAGCCACUGCCUCCUGGUGUUUCCUUGCCUCACAGGGUUGUUGUGGAGAUUAAAUGAGUAGGAGAGGGAAAACCAUGUACACCACAUUGAGCUCCUUAGAGGAAAAGUGGGAUAUAAAUGCUAUAAAUAAACAAGAUUAAUCCUUAGCAUUUCUAAGCAGCACCUAGCAAGACAAUCUCCUCCGCGCCGUUGAAGAAAGACAAAAUUGUUCAGGGGCUUUUAAGUCUUUGUUUUAAAAAGAGAAGGCAACAAAGGGUACUCCCAUGCUGUCACUAUUUUCGGGUGGGAUUCAAUCACAGACCAGCAAAUUCAGGUUGCACAAUUAUUGGCAAGGUCUUGUGCAACAAACCUGCUCUCCUCUACCCCUCCCUCCCUCCCUCCAAAAAUAUAUAUAGGCGCUUUUCUAUAGGGGAUGCGGUGGGUGCUUUGAAACAACCUCCCUGCAAACAAAUCAGAAUGAAUGCUCAUUCAAAAGGAAAGGCUCCGUGAUAGAGCAUUUGCUUUGGAUGCGGAAAGUCGAAUCCCCAACAGCAUUUCCAAGUAGGGCCAGGAGAGACUCCCUGCUUGAAACCCUGGAGAGCCGCUGCUGCCGGUCAGUCUUGGCAGCAGCUGGCUGGGGCUGAUGGGAAUUGUAGUCCCAAACUGCUGGAGGGCACCACCUUGGGAAAGGCCGGAAUGGAUGCAUUAAUGGAAGCAGGCAAGGGAUAGCCGUUGUGAUGUCUAAAGAGAACCUCCAGAUAUAUCCUGUGAACACCAGUUGCUGGGGAGCAGCCACUAGAGAGGGUUUUUCCCUUCAUGUCCUAUUUAGUGAGAUUUACAGAAGCAUCUGGUUGGCCACAGGGUGGGAACCAGGCUGUCCCAAGCUGGUUCCCCAAAUAGAAGAAGCAUGUGUGUACACACACACACACACACACACACACACACACACACAGUGCACACCCAAAGCACAGGGGGGAAACCCAGCAGAAUACAGGCAUGUGGAAGAGACAGCUUUGGGGCUGCACAAUCUUCAUAAUCACUUUGUGUCCUCCUUUCCCCCCCCCUUCCUUCUUCUCCAGAGAAAUUAACAAGCGGAUAACGGAGGAGCAGGCACGGAAAGCCUUCGACAGAGCUACAAAACUGGAGCAGGAAUUUACAGAGUGCUUUUCGGGUAGGUCACCUCCUGCCCCCUCUUGCUUUCCGUACAUCAGCCCUGGGCACAAUUCACAGAAGGCUUAAGUCGGCGGGGGAGGGGCAGCCUCAGGCUGCUUUUGGAGUUUUCAGAGAAGGGAAGUGGCUCAUUGGUGAAAGCAUCUGCCUUGUGUGCAGAAAGUCCUAGAUUUAAUCCCUGACAGUAUCUCCAGGUAAGAGUUGGGAAUGUCCACUGCCUGGAAGUCCGGAGUGCCACUGCUGCCAGUCACUGGGCACAUCAGAACAUGGGAAGAACCCUGCAGCUGGAACAGCUCAAAGGGGAACCAUUUAGUCCAGCACUCAGUUCUCAGAAGUGGCCAACCAUGGGAAAACCACAAGCAGGACCUGAGCACAACAGCACCCUCCUUACCUUUGAUUGCCAGCGUGCAUAGUCAUUGUGAUUAGUAACCGGUAGUGGCCGCUGUGGUCUAAACCACUGAGCCUAGGGCUUGCCGAUCAGAAGGUUGGCAGUUCGAAUCCCUGCCACGGGGUGAGCUCCCGUUGCUUGAUCCCUGAUCCUGCCAACCUAGCAGUUCGAAAGCACCUCAAAGUGCAAGUAGAUAAAUAGGUACCGCUCUGGCGGGAAGGUGAACUGCGUUUCCGUGCACUGCUCUGGUUCGCCAGAAGCGGCUUAGUCCUGCUGGCCACAUGACCCGGAAAAACUGUCUGUGGACAAACACCCGCUCCCUCGGCCAGUAAAGCGAGAUGAGCGCCGCAACCCCAGAGUCGUUCUCGACUGGACUUAACUGUGAGGGGGUCCUUUACCUUUUAGCGGCCUCGUCCUCCAGUAUACCUAUGAUUUCCUCCUAUUGGAAGGAGCUUCAGCAGCUAUCCAAUUCCUUCCCGCCGCAGGAUUUGUGGGCAUACAAUUCAUGCAGGUGGGCUUGACUUGCAUAAUCCAGGUUUGUCCCUUAACCAAGGCCACUGUGUAGGCCUCAGUGGAUGGGCAGGAGCCUACAUCUGACCAAGUGGGCUGUAGCCCACGAAAGCUUAUGCCACAACAGUUUUGUUAGUCUUUAAGGUGCCACAAGACUCUUGAUGUAUCCAGGCCAGAGCAGAGAUGGUGGGGCCAAUGGGCAUGAGGCCUAAUCUGAGUCCCCUGGUAGAGGCAAAGGGGGACCCUUUGGCCUACAUUUCCCAUAUGGUGGGCCUCUGACCAGCUCUGCCCAGCCCUGGAUGUAUCUGCUACAACAGGCAUUCUGGGAAUCCUCUCUUGCCAGGAGCUGAAUAUCAGCUGCUGAGAGCCACAGGAGAUGAGAGAGUGGUGUUUUGCUCAGGUUCUGCCUCCAUUCUUCCCACUGGCUCCCAGUACGUUUCCAAGCACAAUUCAUAGUGUUGCUGCUGACCUUUAAAGCCCUAAACGGCCUCGGUUCAGUACAUCUGAAGGAGCGUAUCCACCCCCAUCGUUCUGCCCGGACACUGAGGUCCAGCUCUGAGGGCCUUCUGGCGGUUCCCUCACUGCGAGAAGUGAGGUUACAGGGAACCAGGCAGAGGGCCUUCUUGGUAGUGGGGCGUACCCUGUGGAACGCCCUCCCUUCAGAUGUGAAGGAAAUAAGCAGCUAUCCUAUCUUUAAAAGACAUCUGAAGGCAGCCCUGUUUAGGGAAGUUUUUAAUAUUUAAUUCUGUACUGUUUUUAACAUUUGAUUGGGAGCUGCCCAGAGUGGCUGGGGAAACUCAGCCAGAUGGGCGGGGUAUAAAUAAUAAAUUAUUAUAAUAUUAUUAUUAUUAUUAUUGAGGCAUCUGAUUGGCCACUGUAAGAACAGAAUGCUGGACUCGAUGUGCCAUUGGCCUGAUCCAGCAGGGCUCUUAGAUCCCGGAAAUAUCCUCAAGAUCCCGGAAUGAGCCCCUGGCCUGGUUCAGCAGCCAGCCUCUUCUCAGUGUUCUUACUAGCUGAUCUCUCGGGUUCUAAAAGCAACCCCAGACUCUCUCUCUCUUUGACACUCUUCUCCCUCUUUACCCCCAGCCAUUGUAGAAGGAGACAGCUUCGAAGAGAUCUACCACAAGAUCAAAAGAAUCAUUGAGGAGCUCUCCGGCCCGUACAUUUGGAUCCCGGCUCGUGAGAGACUUUAG